GUUGCUGGCACUGUUAGAAUGACGUCGUGUCUCUCACUGUCCCUCCCUCAUUGGGGAUGUGAGCUGAACGGCGGGAUAAAACCCAGCAUGUGUGAGGGGACGUGGGCAUUGUGAGACAUGGAGAGCAUACGGCCUGCCACUCCAAUGUGGAGCAUUAUCCUGCUGCUCGCUUUCUGCCAAACUACUCUGCAAGGAGGUGAGUGGACAUGCAAGCCAGUGCACUUUGACCCCUGCUCUCUGUAACAUGCAAAGCUUAGACCUGACUCUACCCUACUCUGUACUUACCUCUUAUAUAAUCAUGCUCCCACAAGACAACAGUUUUAUAUUGUUAGUUGCUUAAACAGAAACAUUGCUGGCUGCAUCAUAGAGCACCAAUUGAACUUACCUUGUUUUCCAUUCUUGUAAAGCACUUUAUCCUUGUUGCACAAAAAAAUUAAUUUUGCCCAUUGGUUUGCACAGCACUGUACACUGGCAUUGAUCUUUUGCAUUAUGCGCCAUUGCGACCUAAAUUGACACAAGUGUUCCAUGACAAUAUUUCAGAUUACACUCCAUAGCAGGGGCUAACCAAGAGGUAGAUAUCCAGCUGUUGCACAAUUGCAACUCCCAUGACACUUUGCCAGCUUGAAAUACCUUUUGGCCACUUAACAUCUUCAGCAUCACAUAUUCCAAAUACAAAUGAUUAAUGACAGCUGUGCAUUUUUGUGCAGACACGAUAUCUAAACCCUCUGAGAUCCAGAGAGUGCGGAAAGCACACUAUAGCAGACUCCAGUGGGAAUCAAAGGGUUAUGCAAAGUAGACUUGUCUCUUCUUUUCUGAACGGAACAUGCAGGGGUUUUUUGUUCCUCAAAUCUGCACAGAGGUUUACACCUUUCCUUGCAGAGAGCAUCCUGCUUUGAGCUCACUCCGGUACUGUAUAACAGUCCAAAAAAACUAACUCCAGAAUAGGAAAUCACACCCUGUCUGAAUUUCUGACACUGCUCAUUCAGAACGUUGGAUUCCCAGAAUAUUUCCACCACAGCUAUGCUUAGUUUAACCUUAACCUUGGAUCUGUAUAUCAGGAGCUUGCAAUCUUAGGGAUGCAUUCUCUAAACAGGCAGUUGAGGUGUUCUUGAGAAUUAACAUGCAGCAUCUUACCUCCAAUUCAGCGGAGUUAAAAGAGUAUUUUUCCAUUUUGGAUAUUUGGCCUUUAUUCUACAAGUCUCCAUGACUGCAGCCUAGUAGACAGAUUUCAUAGACUGAGAUCUAUACUAUACACCAAGUAACUAAUGCAUUUGCAAAACACAUGUGAAAUGACUCAGUUUAUAUAAGAAACAGAUAUUCUCUGCUUGGGCAAAGAAACAUAAACAGUCUGGGGCCCUUAGCAUAGAGUACCUGUUUAAAGAGACAGUCAUGCUUUUUGUUUGUUUGUUUGUUUGUUUUGCUGUGUCUAUGUUUCCUUAACAUUAUUUUUACUUUUUGUUGUUGCAUUAUGAAAACAAAUGUUCUGACGCUACGAUGUGCAGAAAUAUAGGUGUUGGGUUCUGGGUUUACCCUAGAGGUUAUCAAAGUUAUUUGUAAAUUGUAUAUUAACUAAAAAUAAGUUGUUAUUUGGCCAGAAUAGUUAUUGCUAUAGAUAGUUGUAUGAUUAAGAGUAUAAUGAAGAAAGUGAAAUUUAGAGUAGUUGCUUUGAGUGUAAAAAGAUGUUUUCACAACUUUUACAAAAUUAAACCGUUACCUGAUACACCUUUAAUUUGGUCACAGAGGAAUGCACUAUGGGAAUUGCUGUGAAAAGUGAAUAUUUACCAAUACAGCACUGAGUGAUAACUCGUAUACAGUCUUGUAAGGAUUGUGUGUAACAUGAAACUAUGGAGUUUACUCACUAAACAUUUAAUUGUAGUGAAUUAAAAAACAAAUUGCAAAACUGUAACUCUAGAUGAGUUGUAGAAUGUAUUCAAAUUUGUGGUUCUUGCCGAAAUUAUGCAGUUUGAUUUCAAAUUCAUCGCAAUUUGGUGUUUAGUGAAUAAAGUUCCUAUCUAUCUCUUGAUUAGCUGGGGAAUUACAUUAUAUACAUUGUAUGGAGGUGGCCUCUUGGUGAUGCAAUAUUUUAUAACAUAUUAAAUUGUUUUAUAGUAAUUUGGGUGUGGAAAAGACUAGACAUUCUACGGUAGUAAAUAUUAAUGUAGCAAUGUAUUUAGUACUUCUGGCAGACUGACAGACUGGCUGACAGGAAAAUAUAUGGGUAGCUUUAGAAAACACAUUUUUCCAGAACAAGUUAAAGAGAUAUGAAAUUGCUUGGCAGCUGAGGUGGGAGAGACUAAUGGACGUAAUAAUUCAAAGAGGCUUGGAGUGCAUACAUUACUGUGCUGAAGAAGAACCUAAUUAAGAAUAAAAAACAUUACAUUAAGAUAGGAAAUUAGGAGGUUAGAUGGGCCAAAUGACUUUAAUCUACUGAUAAAAACAUAUGCUCCUAUAUAAUAUAGCUGGAUAGCAUGACCCAGCCAGGAAGGACACAGAUCAGUAAAACAGACAGAAUAAUCUGCAUAUUAUAACAUAAACUGCGAGUUUAUGAAGAGGGUGGGUUAUUGAAAGUUUAAUUCCUUGAAACUGACGUGUGUGUAAAAUAACAAGCUUACAUGGAUAGUAAUAAGCGAUGGAAUACAGGUAAAAGCACUGGGUUUGACAGAGAAGUCUUCUGGAUAAAAUGAUUGAAAACAAUUAACACAGUCUUCAAAAUGUGAUUCUGCAAAGUGUCAAUAUCUCCUUAUCUACAUCAGAGCUUUACUACCUACAAUAAUAAAGUGUGUUGUUAAUUGUCUUCAGUUACUGGUAUUUGCACCUACAUUCAAUACAUUCAAUAGAUGCCAGUGUAUAUUUUAUAUUGCACACCAUUAAACAUAAUGGGUUAUAUGAGUGUGUUAUACAGAGUCUCAGCUGUAAAGGGAGGGGUGUGCUCUAUAAAGAAUGUCAUGGAAAAUAAUGUCUUAACAUUCUGUUUGCAAGGCACUACUAGUGAAUGUAAUGCACAUUAAUGUUUCUUUAUACCAAAUGUUAAUAGUGCUAAGCAUGCUUUUUAAAAGGUAAGAUAGUGGUAUAUUAGUGAAAGUUGUACAUAGCAUAUGGUAGAGUAGUUGUAUAUUUUAGAUAGGGCAUGUCUGAAAAUCGUAUAAUUAAGUUGAUGAGUUGUUGCUAUGUAUACCACAGAAUAUUUUAGUUGUUUAUUUCAGAUUUGUGGCUAUUUAUCCUAUAGGAUUAGUUUAGUUGUUUAUGUUAGAGUUGUGACUAUGUAUACAAUAGACUUGUUUGCUUGUGUAGGUUAGGGAUGUGACUAUGUAUACUAUAGAGUAUUUUAGUGUUUAUGUUAGGGAUGUGACUAUGUAUACUAUAGAGUAUUUUAGUGUUUAUGUUAGGGUUGUGACUAUGUAUACUAUAGAGUAUUUUAGUGUUUAUGUUAGGGAUGUGACUAUGUAUACUAUAGAGUAGUGUAGCUGUUUAUGUUAGGGUUGUGACUAUGUAUACUAUAGAGUAUUUUAGUGUUUAUGUUAGGGAUGUGACUAUGUAUACUAUAGUGUAUUUUAGUGUUUAUGUUAAGGUUGUGACUAUGUAUACUAUAGAGUAGUGUGGUUGUUUAUGUUACAGUUGUGACUAUGUAUACUAGAGAAUAGUCUGGUUGUUUAGGUUAGGAAUGUGGGGGUGUUAACCAUUGUUUAGUUGUUAUUUUAGUUAUGGGUGUGGUUUAGUUAAUAUUAUCGGUUUACAUAAACACACUAAUCAGUUGUUUAAAAUCAUGGUUGUGGUUAAGCCAAAUAUAUCAUUAAUGUAAUUGCUAAACAUACUACACAAUAAGUUGUUAUUAUAGCUAAGCAGACUAUAACAAAGUUUAGUUGUUACUAUUAGGAGUGUGGAAGCAUGUUGUAGAGUGUGUUAGUUGUUAAUGUUAGGGGUGUGGAAUCAUGUUGUAGAGUGUGUUAGUUGUUAAUGUUAGGGGUGUGGAAUCAUGUUGUAGAGUGUGUUAGUUGGUAAUGUUAGAGGUGUGGAAUCAUGUUGUAGAGUGUGUUAGUUGUUAAUGUUAGGGGUGUGGAAGCAUGUUGUAGAGUGUGUUAGUUGUUAAUGUUAGGGGUGUGGAAUCAUGUAGAGUGUGUUAGUUGGUAAUGUUUGGGGUGUGGAAUCAUGUUGUAGAGUGUGUUAGUUGUUAAUGUUUGGGGUGUGGAAGCAUGUUGUAGAGUGCGUUAGUUGUUAAUGUUAGGGGUGUGGAAGCAUGUUGUAGAGUGUGUUAGUUGGUAAUGUUUGGGGUGUGGAAGCAUGUUGUAGAGUGUGUUAGUUGGUAAUGUUAGAGGUGUGGAAUCAUGUUGUAGAGUGUGUUAGUUGUUAAUGUUAGGGGUGUGGAAGCAUGUUGUAGAGUGUGUUAGUUGGUAAUGUUUGGGGUGUGGAAUCAUGUUGUAGAGUGUGUUAGUUGGUAAUGUUUGGGGUGUGGAAUCAUGUUGUAGAGUGUGUUAGUUGGUAAUGUUAGAGGUGUGGAAUCAUGUUGUAGAGUGUGUUAGUUGUUAGUGUUAGGGGUGUUGUUGUAGAGUGUGUUAGUUGUUAGUGUUAGGGGUGUGGAAGCAUGUUGUAGAGUGUGUUAGUUGGUAAUGUUUGGGGUGUGGAAGCAUGUUGUAGAGUGUGUUAGUUGGUAAUGUUAGAGGUGUGGAAUCAUGUUGUAGGGUGUGUUAGUUGUAAUGUUAGGGGUGUGGAAUCAUGUUGUAGAGUGUGUUAGUUGUUAAUGUUAGGGGUGUGGAAUCAUGUUGUAGAGUGUGUUAGUUGGUAAUGUUAGGGGUGUGGAAUCAUGUUGUAGAGUGUGUUAGUUGUUAGUGUUAGGGGUGUGGAAGCAUGUUGUAGAAUGUGUUAGUUGUAAUGUUAGAGGUGUGGAAGCAUGUUGUAGAGUGUGUUAGUUGGUAAUGUUAGGGGUGUGGAAGCAUGUUGUAGAGUGUGUUAGUUGGUAAUGUUUGGGGUGUGGAAGCAUGUUGUAGAGUGUGUUAGUUGGUAAUGUUAGGGGUGUGGAAUCAUGUUGUAGAGUGUGUUAGUUGUUAAUGUUAGGGGUGUGGAAGCAUGUUGUAGAAUGUGUUAGUUGGUAAUGUUAGGGGUGUGGAAGCAUGUUGUAGAGUGUGCUAGUUGUUAAUGUUAGGGGUGUGGAAUCAUGUUGUAGAGUGUGUUAGUUGUUAAUGUUAGGGGUGUGGACGCAUGUUGUAGAAUGUGUUAGUUGGUAAUGUUAGGGGUGUGGAAGAAUAUUGUAGAGUGUGUUAGUUGGUAAUGUUAGGGGUGUGGAAUCAUGUUGUAGAAUGUGUUAGUUGUUAAUGUUAGGGGUGUGUAAGCAUGUUGUAGAGUGUGUUUGUUGUUAAUGGGGGUGUGGAAUCAUGUUGUAGAGUGUGUUUGUUGUUAAUGUUGGGGGUGUGGAAUCAUGUUGUAGAGUGUGUUUGUUGUUAAUGUUGGGGGUGUGGACGCAUGUUGUAGAGUGUGUUUGUUGUUAAUGUUGGGGGUGUGGAAUCAUGUUGUAGAGUGUGUUAGUUGUUAAUGUUAGAGGUGUGGCUAACAUACUUAAGAACAGUAUGAUUAUUUACAUUUGGGUGUGUCUAUAUAGUAUAUUAGUUGUCUUUCUUAUUUGGUUGUUGGCCUGAGCAUUCUAUAGUUUGAUUAAACUACUUAUUUUACUCAGGGCGUGGCUGACCAUACGAUGUACUCAUUACCUAGUCAUAUCAGAUGUGUUGCAUACAGGCUGACAACGUUCUCACUGGAUGAACAAAUCAUUGUUUCCCACAUUAAAGGGACGCUAUAGUCUCCCAGACCACUUCAUUGUAUUGUCUGUCCCCUUAACACUGCAAAAAAAAAACAGAGAAACUGUUUACAUUGCAGUGCUAAGAUUGCCUCUAGUGGCUUUUUCCUGCAGUUUCAAGGAGUUUGACUUUGCAUGAAAAGAUCCAGCGUGUUGAAAAACCACAUAGGAAAGCGCUGAGUCAAUGAUUUCCUAUGAGGAAGGUCUAAUACGUGUUCACCGUGCAUGCAUUGUGCUGACAUCAGUGGAGGAGGUCACUGAUCCAGCGCCAAGGGACAUCAGUGCUGGAAUCAGGUGAGUGGAAUGAGGGCAAAGGAACUCUAUUCAGUUUUGUAUUCCUAAGACUAUGGUGUUCCUGUAACUGUUAUAGUCUUGUUUAUACUCAUUUGGUUACAAUAAAAAAAAAAUCCAAAAACUCUUUCUGCUGCAGGGCAACUCUUCUCUCCUGGAUUUAAAUAGAAGAUCUCAUCUUUUGUGAUUUAUUUGUAAAAACUGUAGAGAUUACUAUUUUCCAGUGUUAAUAAAUGCAAACAUUUUUGCUAUUUUAUAAAAUGGUGUGAUGUGGUAUAUACCAUUAAUUACAAGAUUCCCCCCAAAAAAAUUUAUCAAAUGAUUAAUAUCUCAAGGUACAUAUUAUUAAGUUGAUCCCACACAUCAACCCAAUAAUGAUGCAAACCUGUGUAGAGCUUUAAUACUUCAAUAUUAUACAUUCAUUUACUUACCAUUGUUGCAUGAACGUAGGUGUUUCCAUGAGAUACAAUCAAAGCAGACUUAACUAUUAGGUGAUCUUAGGCAGCUGCCUAGGGCCCCAGGAAAUAGACAGGGCCUUUGGAACCAUGAAUUUGCUUGGCCACCAUUACCAUCCCUAUGUGAACAAUAGAGGGUUGGAGGCACAAAACCGGUAACCUUCCUAGAGCCCUGUUGGAUCUUAAAGGGAUACUAUAGGCACCCAGACCACAUCAUCUCAUUGAAGUGGUUUGAGUGAAGUGUCCCUGUCCCCCUUAGCCCUGAAAUGUAAAUCAUUGCAGUUUUUGAGAAACUGCAAUAGUGCUAAGACUGCCUCUAGUGGCUGUCUACCAGAUAGCCACUAAAGGCGCAAGCUGGCCUUUCACGGAGUUUGAUUCCAUGAAACAACAAUGGACGUCAUCACACUGUGCGAUAGAACAUCCAGCGGCUUUUAAAACCCCCAGAGGAAAGCAUUGAGUCAAUGCUUUCCUAUGGGAAAGACCUAAUGCGCGCGCAGAGCUCGUCGCAAUUGCGCAUUAGGUUUCCAAAUCACUCUGACAUCGAAACUGAGGGACAUCUGCGGUGAGUGACUGAAAGGGUUUUUUAACCUUCACGUGGUAAUAAGGGGCACUUUAAUGUUUGGAAUACAUCUUUGUAUUUCUAACACUAGUGUUCAUUUAAUCCUUCUCUGGAUACAAUAGGUCUACAUUACUUGCAUGCAUAAUGUGCCAUAAAAUGUAAUCGAUUAGUUCUACAUGCAAAAUAGAAGCAUAUUUAUGUAGGUUGGAAGGGAAAUGUAACCCCAUUACUGGGGGGGUUUCCUUAUUUGCUAUAAUAGUCUCUCUAAGAGUGUUAUCCUGUAGCAUUGCUUCCCAUGAUUCAUAGAAGGAUAUCUGUCUAUAAAUAAGGUUUGCAGGCAAUAUUGAACAGGCAGUGCAGGCCUUGUGAUGGGAAUGCUCAGCACAUUCUGGGGCGGGCUGCCCAUGUUAUACUUUGGUUUAGCUGCGCGCGUUGCAGAAAUGAAUGCGAAAUGUUGUUGAUUUCGUUCCCCAGAAAAUCCAGAUGUUUUCUGUCAAGGGAAGCAAAAGCUUUAACUCACAAGUGAAAGCUGACACAUUCCCAUCUGACACGAAAGCAAAGGCUGCAGCUGUUAACGCCUUCCUGACAGUAAAGACCGACAUACCUACAGGGCUGGCCUCCCAUCCUUUCACUGACAGAGACAUCAAAACCUAAGAUUUAAACACCUCCUGGUAGAGCAUCAAUACAGUUAGCAUUCCACAGACAUGGCUGUACAGCAUGGAAGGGGUUAAUAAUGGUUUUCUCGCUUUUAGAAUAGUUAGAUAGUUGUUGGUUGCAGAGUUUGUAAUUCCUUCAAAUGGGGGCGUUAUUAGUUUGUCAGGUAAGGGCAGGUAGAAUAAGGGGGGUUGGGGGCGAACUCUGGUCUUUCUGACAACCACAUACAAAUGGUAUUUAAGGGACCCUGCCAGGUAAACUGGGAGAUUUAGAAAAUAUACAGACCAAUAUAAAAUUGCAUCAUCACAGAACCGCAUGCAAUAUAAUUGUUAUUCAGUACCUUAUUAAAGGAACACUAUAGGGUCAGGGAUGCAAACAUGUAUUCCUGACAGCAGGGUGGUAAAAGCACUGUUUAGUUGUCCAGCCCAUUGCCUGACUUUAAAAAGGUAUUUAGUGUACCUUAUUUCCAGCGCCGUGCUGUCCUCGCCCCGUCCUGCUUCCAUGGGUGAGAUAAUCAAUAGUGAAGAUCUCAGCCAAUCCAAUCCUUUCUCAUAUAAAAGUAUUGGGAGGCUAUUGUGCAUAUGUGCUAAAUGCCGCUCUGCGCCAAUGAGCAUUUCAUCAUAGAGAUAAAUUGACUCAAUAUACAUUUGCUUGCAGUUUUACUAGAUCACUACAUUGAACUGUAUGCAUGCUUUCCAAUGACACAUUUUAUUUGACAGAGUCCAAUGAAGUUAAAUAGCGUUCUGUAUGUCACCCCCUCGCUGUUUAACAGGGCAGUUAGGGUAGGGUUAAAAAGGCAUCUGUAGCUCAUUAAACAUCUUUGUUAGAUUUAGGCAGUACUAAUAAGUACUACAUGUAAUGAAUCACUUCCUUCGGUCAAUGGAUCAAGUGUCUUUAAGUUUCGUUACCAUUUUUCAUGGUUCAUAGAUCAUUAUGUUGUAAUGGCAAAGACACAAUAAUAAGUAAGGCUAAUGGAGACACGUUCAAUAGAAUUUGCUAACCCUGCGGUUAACUCAGCAAUCGUGGAGGUGGAAUUAACCCGAUGAAAUACAUCUGAUUAAUAGAAAAUGACUGUGGAGCCUGGCCAACAGACACUGACAUGGGUUAACAGAGAAAUGUGGAAUGUGUUCAAGGAGGGUGUAGUGUGAACAUUCUACAAGUUAAUUGUGUUUUCACUAACAUAUACAGCAUAUAUAUAAUGGUUUUACAAUAAAUUGAAGACAGAUGAGGAUAGGUUUACACUUGUAAACCUGUUUUUACUCGUCUACUUAACCCCUUUAUUUGCCUAGAAAGGAUCCUAAAAGGGAUAAAAAAAAAAAGAAAAUUGAAUAUCUGGGACUGAAACAUGUUUCUGGCUCAGUAUUCUGUUGGGGAAAAAAAAGAAGUAGUAAUUAAAAUAUAAUGCAAAAGUCGAGAACUCUCACAGUUAUAAAAUAUGGUUCCAGCAUUGAAAUGUCAGAAUUUCUGCCCAGUCCUGGUGGUUUAUUAAAGUUCUAGACUCCCUGACGGCUAUUUAUCAGUCUCUUCGCUGCAAAAAUACUGGGCCACAUAACCAGUAUUUAGAAAUGUAUUCUCAUAGCAGCUAAUGCAAUCUUAUACUCUGACAGAUCUGCUCCAUGCUUGUAUUAGAUAUGGAUCCAGGAGAAUCAGAUACAUUAUCCUUUUUCCCAACUGUGCUUUUAAAAGACUUCAGGCAUAUCCUUUCCAAGAGAUUUGGAAUGUGGUUUGGCAGGAUUUUUUUUUUUUUAUGAUUUUUUUUAUACUAAGACACAAGGAAGUGAAUUGAAGAAGAAGUUCAAAAAAGUGGUACAUUAUUAAACUUAUUUUUAGAGAUAGGUUUAGAAAAAGAGUCUCCUGGGGGAAUGAGAAUGUAGAGCAUCUUAUAUAUAUUCACAUUCUCAUUUUCUUUCAUUAUUUGCUGCAUCGCUUCACUGUUAACUGUUUUAGCAAAUGCUUAACCUUAGAAAGCAAACUGAUGGCAAAUCCAUUCUACAGAUGUAUAUAUCAGUCAGUGCAGCUAUAUAGUUUUAUUUUCUUAAAGGAACACUCAAGCAUUAAAACUGAUAUUCGGUUUUAACCUUUGGAGUGUUCCUUUAACCCAUUACAAGCCAGGCGCACCCUUCACUCCUAAAAGGAUACACAAUAACCAAUAGGCCCUCUUGGCUGCCAUUUGACUGCUAGGGCAUAUGAAAGUGAAAUUUUUUCUUCAAAUCUGCACUUUUGUCCACGGGGAUAAAGAGUGUGAUGCAGUUAUCCCAUAAAGCAUGUUAUCAAUUCAUUUAUUUUAGUAAAUUCCUUUGCUUAAUCAGAAUCCAGGCAAACACUGAGAACAUUGGGGGAGAUAUAAAGAAUUUUAUAAACAUUUGGCAGGGACCUGGAGCUCUCUGAUUGCUACUUCCAAAUGGAUUCUUGCUUAAAGGAGACUAAGCAUAUGCAAGACUUGCUGAAACAAGACAGAUUUGAAAUUUGUCCCAUAUUCUUGACAAACUUAUUUGCUCUCAAGAAAGCUUCUCCUGACAGCCACCUUUUAAGGAGAGGGUUUCUGCAGGACUGAAACCUAUUACAGACAUAUACUCCAGAAUAUAUAUAUAUAUAUAUAUAUAUAUAUAUAUAUAUAUAUAUAUAUAUAUAUAUAUAUAUAUAUAUAUCUGUGAUUCAUAUAAUACACUGUAAUAUGGUAGAAUUACCUGGGCAACUGUGUCAGUAUAUAACAGUGGCACCAAGGGACCCCAGACAGGCACAAUAACCACUUAAAUAAGAUGAAGUUGUUACAGUGCCUACAGUGUCCUUUUAAGGCAAAAAAAAAGUCAAACUGUAACUACAGAGUUGCAUAAUUGUUCAAAAGUAGCCAUUUUAAUUUACUGCAAUUAAUGUUUAGUGAAUAAACCCAUUUUUCCCACCUAGCUAGUGAAUGAAAGAAAACAAGAUCACAUAUGGUGGUAUUCUUUAAACUGAGAAUUGUGGAGAAUUCACAGGGGGAAUUUUUAGGGUAUUUAGGAUAAAAUAGUUUAGCUGGAUAAAAAAAAAUUAACUCUGCCACCUUCCCAGCUAUCUAAAAUGUACAAAUCCCUUGGCCAUUCCCUCUACAGUUGCCAGUUUAGUGAAUGAAUGUUCUUUUCAAGUUCAAUCCAUCACAUGCAUGAGAAAGAUGUAAAGCCAUUCUGGCUUUGCUCUCUCUGCAUGCCUUGAAUGCCUGUCAUGCUCAAAUAUCUCUAAAUAAAGAUAAAAAAAAAAAAAUACAUCACGAGUCAAUGUGUUUUCAAUUCAUUGGUAUGACAUCAGUACAAAAGUUAAUUGGGAUAAGAGAUUGGCUAAAUAAUGUUACUAAAAUGGCAGGCUUAACUCACUGAAAAUAAUUUAUUAUAUGUUUUGACUGCGUGAUGUAUUGUGUGCUCUAAACCCUAUUUAGAUGUUACUUUAAAUGAGGUUUUGAGACAGUACUGAUGUGCAGUUUAGUAUAUUUGAACAUAAUAUUACCUAACACAUGGGUCUGGGUGUGGAUUACCAAACUGUUUACAUAUUCUUCUUAAAUCAUGUUCAGUUUAAUCACUGCGUUUGUCUGCUGUGGUUAACAUGUACCAAAACAAUUCUGACGCUGAUAGAUUUAUGCAAAUGUCCUGUGGAGAUCAUGAACAAAGGAUGAUUUGACCAGUGCAACUGUUACCAUCUCUAAACCCAACAUAGGUUAGAGUGGCAGUAAACUCACAGCUGUGUCUUGGAAGCGGUUCAAAUGGGACACAUGUCACACAAUGGUAUAUAGAGAUUACACAUUUACUUAUUUCCCCAAAGUCUCUUGUAUCUAAGCACUGACAGGGGUUAUUUACUAAAUUAGAAUUCAAAGUGAAUUUCAAAUGUAAGGCCAACGAUUCUGAACUGGAAGCACAGCUGAAUUAGAUAAUUUUUUCAUUUUGCCUAUUUUUACCUUAAAGGGAUACUCCAGGCACCCAGACCACUUCUGCCCAUUGGAGUAGUCUGGGUGCCAACUCCCACUACCCUUAAAGGAGCACUAUAGGGUCAGAAACACAAACAUGUAUUCCUGACCCUAUAGGGUUAAAACCACCAUCUAGCCACCCUGGUCCCCUCAUGCCUCCCUAAAUAUAGAAAUCUUAGUUGUUUUCAAGUCUGGCGUUGUAACCCUGCAUGCUGUUUGCCUCAGAAAAACAAGCUGUCUGCUGACAUCAUCAGAAGUGGUAGCCUGAGCCAAUCACAAUGCUUCCCCAUAGGAUUGGCUGAGACUGUCAAAGAGGCAGAUCAGGGGCAGAGCCAGCAUGAUUCAAACACAGCCCUGGUCAAUCAGCAUCUCCUCAUAGAGAUGAAUCGAAUCAAUGAAUCUCUAUGAGGAAAGUUCAGUGUCUGCAUGCAGAGAGAGUAGAUACUGAAUGUUUGGAUGCAUUUUAGGCAGCCAUGACCCAGGAAGGAUCUCUAACAGCCAUCUGAGGAGUUGUCAGUGAAGUUAUCACUAGGCUGUAAUGUAAACACUGCUUUUUCUCUGAAAAGACAGUGUUUACAGCAAAAAGCCAGAAGGCUAUGUAUAAUGCUUUCCUAUGGGGAGGUCUAAUGUGUGUGCGCGGCCAUUGCCAUGCAUGCACAUUUGGUCUCCCCCGCCGGCUGACGUCGGCGGGAGAGGAGAGUAGGCAGAGCCUGACCCAAUGCCGAGGGACAUUUUAACCCCUUCAGCAACUUGGGAUGGGGGGUGGGAGGGAGAGGGGCACUAGAGGGUCCUGCAGUGCCAGGAAAAUAUGUUUUCCUGGCACUGGAGAAUCCGUUUAAAUUUUAAACUCUUUUUGAAUUCUCACCUUAGUAAAUAAUCCUGCAGAUCUCGGACUCGGAUAUAAAAUGAAGUUGACGCUAAGCAAUUCUUUCCUGAACAUGAGUUGUAUGGUUAUUCCGAAGGAACCAUGCUAUCAGAAGUUAGGAAGGUGUUCUGAAUUGCAAAGACCGGGUUUUAUACACAAAGACAGCUUCUCCAUCACACUUGCUCACCAAUAAGAUUUUCUGGGCUUUUUUCAUGUUGAUGGGCAUCACGUGAAGCAAUGCUAAUAUGAAUCUAUUCUUUUCUUUCUUUUGUUAUGUUGCUCAUGUUUGAAAGGAAACUGAUGGAUUUGGGGGAAUGUAGAUUCAGUAGCCGCUGUUGCAUGCAGGGGAGCUUGACACUACCCCUGGAAUUUGACUCUGCCUUCCGACUUGACUCUGGGCUAUGCCUCCUUAACCCCAAGUACUCAACCCUUAACCCAAUGAAAGGUCAUGCCCUCCAACACCAUAGACCCGUAGAUAGAUGAACUUGGGAACAUUGUUACCCAAUGACAUUCCCAGAACCCAGAACAUUAUGCAGGCCUGUCUUUUAGAGUGUCUGGGAUCUCUGACAGGCAACAGCCAAUGGGUGAAAUUUUGACAUGGUGAUUUUUAGCACCAGGGGAGCGGGAAAAGGGGGAGCACUUCCCAAUUGGCCCUUAUGUAAAUUUCCAAACUAGCAUGAGACAGUAAAACCAGCACCUACUUUUCAAAGACAAUGAGGUGCAGAAUGCUUUUAGACAUCCAUUUUUAAAAUUAUUUGUUAGCUAUUAAUUAUCUCUUAUGUGCCCCAAAUGUCAUUUUUAAUGACUGUUGCAGGUGUAUUUAAUUAUGAAUGAGGAUUUCUGUAGUUUAAAAAAAAGACAUUUUUUAAAUAGUUUAAUAAAGCAAAUAAUUAAUCUAACUAAUCGUGUUGUAAACAUUUCUGCCAUUCUGACCUUGCAGCAUUAAUUUGUUGUACAGAAGAAUGCUAAAUGGAACUUGUAAGAUGGAAAAUAUUAAAGCUUUAAACCAAAGGGAUUAGGUAACAUAUGCCAUCUGAUUGCUGCAAAGCUUUCCAGUGCCAGUCACUAAUUUGAAAUAAAUCUUAAAAUCCCCCCUCUAUGCAUUUCUAGAAUAGAGCACAGUGAUGUAAAAUAAACCCAUUCUUAGUUUAUUAACCAUUUUGUGUGCUGAUUUAAAUGGACAAGCUUAAAUGGUGAAUUCACUAAAGCAGUAGUUACUGGACCAUCAAUCCCAUCAUUCUGUUCUAAGUCAUGAUUGCCCGCAAAUUAUUAAAGUUGUAGACAGGCAAAGGGUACAGUAACAAAACAACACAAUUUGGAAAAUAGUCACCUUCGGCUAAGAUGGAGUUUUCUACAACUCAAUUAUUGUUGGCUACAUUUUCUUAAAACAUUUGUCAAUUCAAUACAACUUCCAGUUUAGUAAGCCCCCUGUGAAUGCUUCACACCUAUAAACACAAUAAAGGAAUAGUUAAAAAAAAAAUGAACCAUAUUGUGUUUGUGAAAGUUUUCCGUUUGAUGAAGCGUUUUAGUUAGUGCACUAUAUUUAGAAAGAAAUGCCAGACUUUUCUUUUUAAAUAAUUUUCCGUGAGUUACUUAGACUUUCUUUUCUCUUUUUCUAAACUUAGUUUAUUACUCUUAAUAUAAAUAGAGUCAAGUUUCGUCUGCAGUGAUUUUUACACCAUAUAAAAAUUAAAUUAACGCAAGACUAAAUCUUGUCCUAACUGCUCUACUAAAAUUGGAAAUAAGCUGUGGGUAGUGAUUUUUUAUUUUUUUUAUUUUUUAUUCUUCUGGCAUUUAGUCUAUCAAUUAUGUAACAAAAAGCGGAACAAAAUGGAACUUGGCAGAAUUCGCAAACGAUUACCAUAUGAACUACAUGACUUGUUUUCCUGUUAACAUGUCUUCUGAUAUACAUUUUAUUGUCAGACGAAUGCCAAGAUAAUUUGUUCCGUUUAAGCCAAAUACUUUAAUGGCUGUGCAUUUGUCAAAGUGUAAAUGCUGCUGUCAUUUGUAAGCAGCCUAUGGAUGGCUGGUAAUUAGAACAGAGAUCAGUGGAUAUGAGAAAACGUCAUCUCAUUUGCAUGUUUGCUUUUUUUGUUAUUGAUACCACUUUGUAUUUAGUUAACUGAGUUCUUCGUCACGCUUCAAAUGUAGAGUGACGCUAUAGCUAAAUAGGGUUGGAAAAUACAACCAGAUGUGUGUUUUUACAAUGUCUCUACUAGCGAAACAGAAAAGUCGAGUAAUAUGCGAAAACGGCAUUUAUGCGCAAAAUUGAAUUUCCUUUAUUUUAAAGGAAAUCCUUUCAUUUAGGGAGUUCCACAGUACGAAUUAUUAAAUUUGUUUUUAUGGCCUUUCUAGGGAGGCUCUGACUGCUGCGGUGACAUCAUAUAGUACCAGAUGGCCAUGUGUAUAUAUAAAACAUGAUGAAGCAGAAUCAUAUUUAUUUAAUUUUUUUUUAUAGAAAUGUUGGAAGGUAUUUAAAAAAAAAUACAGAAUAUUAGUUACAGACAAAGACAGUUUCAUACUGACAUAAAGUUGUACAUAUGUUUCAUUCACAUAUUACGAUAAAAAAUGUUAGUGUACAGUUGCAAGAAAAAGUAUGUGAACCCUUUGGAAUGAUAUGGAUUUCUGCACAAAUUGGUCAUAAAAUGUGAUCUGAUCAUCAUCUAAGUCACAACAAUAGACAAUCACAGUCUGCUUAAACUAAUAAGAUGUCAUUAGUCUAGGGGUUCACAUACUUUUUCCACCUGCACUGUGAGUGUUUACAUGGUGUGUUCAAUAAAAACAUGGCAACAUUUCAUUCUUUGUGUGUUAUUAGUUUAAGCAGACUGUGAUUGUCUAUUGUUGUGACUUAGAUGAUGAUCAGAUCACAUUUUAUGACCAAUUUGUGCAGAAAUCCAUAUCAUUCCAAAGGGUUCACAUACUUUUUCUUGCAACUGUAUGUUAAAUAAUUGAUGCAUAAAAAGUGGGAUAUGUGCUAUGUUAUCCUAUUAAAUGACACUUGAUGUCCUAUUUUGUGCAACGUCCUGUUCUUCAUUUAUGUCAGGGGUAAGCAACCUUCGGCACUUAAAAUGUUGUGGACUACAUCUCCCAAAAUGCUCUCACAGCUAUAAUGCUGGCAAAGCAUCAGGGGAUAUGUAGUCCACAUCAUCUGGAGUGCCGAAGGUUGCUUACCCCUGUUAUAUAUUGUACCUGGGAGCUUGGUUGCUCUGGAUCAAUGAGUAUGCUAUCCUAUUAUUUAAAUUCUGUCCAGUCUCAUAGGGAAAUUGUAACUUAAACGAUUGACAAACAAGUUGAGGAAACUUGAUACCAUACAGUGUACACAGCUACAUUGUAAUAUGACUUAAAAUAAAGUUCACAAGCUCUACCUGUCACUCAGCUGUUUCUGCUUUUUUUCAAAAGAAGGACAAAUAAAAUAUAUUUAAAAAAAAUAUAUUCUAUUUGCUCGAAGGCUUCUUGACUUGAAAAUAGCACUCACAUUUCUCCACGGAUAAACAAACCUUUGUUGAGUAGAUCAUUAAACUAAAAUAAAAGGCAUUUGUUUCAGAGGAUAUAAACCUGAGUCUCAAUUUAAGUAUUGUUCUAAAAAGAUCAGGAGGUCCACUUGAAAUGAUACACUAUAUUAUCCCUGAGGGGUUUAUUUCAUUGGCAGGCCCUUUGGCUCAUGCUGUUCCCUGUUGUUCUUCGUCAUUAACAAUGUAUGACUUGAGUUCCUGCAAGCAUUGCCUGUUGCAGAGAGAUCUGGCCAUAGCUACAGACUUUACAUAUCCAAAUUGUUUUAAAACUGCGCACUAUUCAGGGUUUGCCAAAACGUAAACAGUGUUGACCAGAGGUUUGAUAUGUUCAUAGCAGAUACAAUGAAUAAUACUUUAAAAAGUAAAAAAAAAAGGUUUAAAAUGUAGAUUUACGACGAUUUUGCUUUUCACUUUAAACCAUGAAAAGUUAACAUGUGCCGGGCAAAUAUUUUCUAAUUGUGUCACAGAAUUGCAGGUAGACGUAAAGUACAGUGUGCAUUUUGGCAAAACGAGUCAAAAUACCAUUGUUUUCUUGGAAUUGCCAGCAACAGGAACAGCUAGUGCAUGUAUCAUCAAUGUCAGAACCCUGGACAGCUGCCCUGGAGGAACAGGGAUUACAAUGGCCAAAGGAGACUCUCAGGGCUGUCUCCUCUAAGUCCUCUUACACUAAAACUUACGAUGGCAGGAGGCUCGUAGCACCAGGAAAAUGUAAUGUUAAUACUAUUUGUACUGUGACUCCAGCUAAUUAUAACAUCUAAUAGACAUUAACAGGGUUAUAUGCUAAAUUAUUUUAAAACAAUUUCAAAUUGAAGGCCAAAAUAGCCAAACAACUUUUCUAAUUUAGUUAUUUUCAACAAAAUUUUGAAAUUCACUUUAAAUUUCCAGCAAUACUCACUUAUUAGUGAAAAACUCUGUUAGUUUUACGGUGACCUGAGUUCUUGUAAAGGUAUUCAAAAUUAUUGCCUUGUGUUUUAACUGUAUAUUCAAGUUAUAGUUCCCUCCUGCCUGCACUACCAAAAAUGUUUAAUCUACAGAAGAACCAUGGAUCUAUCUGUCUCUUUAUCCACUUGAACAAUUGAGAAUAUUAACACAAAAUAUAUAAUAUUACCACCCUUAUCCCAUCAUACCAAGAGUACAAGGAUUCAUUUUUAAAAAUGGUCUGCCCUCUAUAUAUAAACAUUGUAUUUGGCCAUAAAGCUGCACCAAGAAAAUGAUGGCAGUGUUCAUUUCUUUUCAAUCUGCAAAACAAGGAAAUAUAAGAUUACUGGAUUUGUAUCUGAAUUUACAAAUUAAGAGACUAUUUGAGGUUGGUGCAAUGUCUGAUAACUCUGAGUGGAAUAUGCACAUUUUCAAAUACCAAUUAUCUGCAGUACUGAUUUAGAACAGUGAUGGUUAGUCUUUCUUAGCUAGAUCAGAUGCAUCUGGGGUACUUUGCAGAGUUCUUUUUCCCUUCCCUUUGAUGUCUCUAUGACCCACAGCAAUCUGAGGAUUUCUAUUGAAAUUAGAAGAGCCAAUAAAACUAAGAUUCCUGUAGAUGACUGUUUUCUGUAUAUAUUACCAAAGGACACCUUUUUGUUGCCUUGCUCCGUAGAUCCCUCUCAGCUGCAAUUCCUUGUACCCCUUCUCAACUGCAAUUCAGUAUUCUUCCCUCCCUUACCACAAGUUUUCUUAUCUUUAAACUCCUCUCCACCACAAUUCUGCUAGCCAUGUCCAAGUCAGAGAAAUUUUAUACCAGCUUGGAUUCAUCAUUUACAUACAGUUUAAAUUACUGUGCAAUUUACAUCUUUGACUUCAAUAGUUCUUUUUUUUUUUUUCUGUAUCUGGUAUAAAGUCUCGAGUGCAUUUUGUUUACCAGUUUGUUUAAGCCAUUAGAAUUUGAUGAAUUAGUUUGCCACCCUCUUUGUUCUUCAUCCUUUGCCAGUCUUCUCAUUGGACCACCUUACAGCACUUAGCAUGUCUCCCCCGCUGCACUUUGUUUACUAAACUACCCUGGAGCCAGUACUGUUGCAGUGCUCUCCCACAGCCGCCAGUCUUAGUUACACUGAGAUCUGGCGCUCUUGUAUCAGAUACUGUGCUCUCCAAAAUUCCUCUCAUGCUGAGAUCAACAGUUCUGGAAUUUUUAAUUCCCCCAGGGUUUUGUUAAUCAAAUGCACACCUCUCGUAUGGGGCUGUACUUAUUCUUUUUUAACCUCAUUCCAGCAGAGGAACCUAAUCCACAUCACUGCUUUAACUCUUGAGCCCUGCUGACUGGAUUAAACCCCUGUCAAGAGAUUACAACUAAAAAAUCUAUUGUCUUCUCUACUAUUGAAUAAUCUAGCAGCCAAUAUUUAGAAUACUUUGCCAUUAUAAAUUAUCUUGAAAUCUGAUAUAUAUUAAUGAAAAAAUAUCAGUUAUUUUAUGUACAGAUGUUAUCUGCUUAUCUUAUCCUGGUUCACUUACAAAUAUAUAGCAUUUUACUAUCAGUUAAGCUAGUUUGUGUAUUUGAAUUUCAUUUAGCUGAUGAGAUGGUUGAGAAACAUUACUAUCUUGAGAGAUAGAGAAGUGGUCUAACAGAGGUCUGAAAUAUUGACCUACUUCUGAAUUCCCCUACUUUCCCCAGGCCAAGGCAUUUACUAUUUGUCAGCUUAAAUCUAUACCAUGUAUUCCUCCCCUAAACAAAGAGCAUUUGAUUAUUCUGGCACUAUAUCUUCCUUUCCUAGAGAGACAUAUGGAGUUUAUUGGAAUAAAUCUCUUUCGUUAUGCAGCAUUGUUUCAUUAAUCCUCAUAUGUCUUGAGUUAUUGUAGUCUUGCUAUGUUAACUCACUAAAACCCCAGAGAGCUAAUAUGUGAUAAUGAAAUCAUUCUGGUAUAUCAGGGAAAAUCAACCUGACCAGCUUUAGUUUCAGCGGAACACCAGUAUUCACAAGGUAGAAUAUCAAUGAUGGGGUUGAUAAUUCAACCACAAAUGCAGUCCUGUGUUACUCACAUCAAUUCAAAUAACAAUCUUAAAUGUGAAAGAUAUUUCUACCAUAUCUGUAUGGGAGUGUAUUAUGGGAUUGGAAAUUCCAAAAUAUCUCUAGAGCUACCUGUUGGGUACCCCUUGAAUACAAUAAUCCGGAAGAAUUUAGUGCUGUUAGUGAUGUUGGUGUUAGAAAUGGACAGAUUGAGGUCUAAGAAAUUACUGAACAGUGAUUACAUUUCAACAUCUGAGAAUCAGCUAUUGCAUGUCAGGCUAUAUUCAGAAAGUUACAUAGCUGAAAAGAGACAUGUGCCCAUCCUGUUCAGUCUUUUUCUCAUUUGUUUUUGCUGUUGAUCCAAAAGAAAUGGCAGUCAGAUAUCUCCUUGGAUCAUGAAACUAUUACCCCACUAAUUAAAACGUUUAUCCCUGUGUCAUAUGUUUUUGUAAGUAUUUAUCUAUUUGCUGUUUAAACAUCUGUAUAUACUCUGCUAAAACCACCUCUUUAGGCAGAGAAUUCCAUAUCCUUAUUGUUCUUACUGUAAAAAAAAACUUUUUUUUGCCUUAGACUAAAUCUCCUUUCUUCCAGUCUAAAUGCGUGAUCAUGUGUACUAAAUAUAGUUCUGUUUAUGAAUAGGUUUCCAGACAAUGAAUGCCUAUUACUAACUAAUUUGUAAGAGUCUGAACAUUUCUCCUGGGGGGAAAUCACCAUGGCUGAAUAUCAGUAUCUCUAAUAGAGUAUGGAGGAAUAGAGAGCCUCUUUUCUUUUAGUAUAAGAGAGAACUGGGACUUCUGCUGCCCAGCUAAAGUACCAUUUAUACCAUCCUAAGAGAUAUUACUUUAAAUAGCAGUUCUUAAUCAUUUUAAAAGAAACCAAAAUUAUUCACAUUGGAUCAGUUCAUCAGAACAUGAAAGCCGUAAGCUUUGAAGAUUCACUGAAAUGCCCAAAUUUGGGUCUAAACAUAGUGGUUAAGAAUGACUGAUCUAAGUCGUCGACUGCAAAAAAUAUUACUUUAAGAAUUCUACGUGAUCAACUUUUGAAUUUGUUUGUUAAAGAGCUACAAAAGUGUGUUAGUAGUAAUGAACAUAAAACCAAAGAAAUGUAGCCUUACGACUAAAUACUUGAAUUCAUGAAAAAUGUGGUUACACACUACUGCGUGGGAGGCAUCUGCCAUCUAGUCAUAGGAUGGAAUUCAUCCUUUGGAGAGCUGGACAAAGCUCUAACAAACACAUUUUCCCAGCAACACCGAUUAUCUGCACAUCAAAUACUUCUGCUCAUCUGCUUGAUGUCUUUAUAAUGACAUAACGAACUAUAACCAGAGUGAUUCUGCAUUCUUAUGAGAGACAUUAGGUCAAGACUGUAAACGUCUUAAGUAUUUGUCUUGGAAACAUUACAGUUUAUUUCAAAACACUUAUGGUAGGUGUCAGUCAGCUCUUGUUAUGCACCACUUGGUUUUGAUGUUAUGUGCGGAACAUAUGUUAAUACUGAGAUUUUUCAUGAUACUCACCCUCUUGGCUUUGAAAUUCAGGAAAUACUUUUCUCAAAAUGUUUUAUUAUCCUCUGUUUCUUUUGAUUUCAGUAGGAGUAGGGUUAGUUUAUCAACACUAUAUUUAUACUUUAUUUGCGUUCCUCGUUCAUUUGUCUCUUGUUUACUGUAAAUCUCUUUACGCCACCAUUAAGACUAUUUUAGAACAUGCUAGGCUAUUUUCUGCUGUUUAAGAUACGGCUAGAGGUAUACAGAUUGUCUGUUUUAUCGUAAUGAAAAUCACCCAAUAUCUUGAUGCAUUCAUUUUCUUUCUGUGCAAAACUUUUCCUUAAUGUAAUAUAUCAGUCCAUAACCCAGCCUUGGCACUCUUGAUCUUUGCAUUCUAAACCAAACUCCUCGCCAACUGUUACACUUCUUUCCUUAAUUUUCCUACAUAUCAAUAUUCUCUACCGAUCCAUUUUUCUCAAACUUUCUAUAAUUCUCCUUCAUUUUCCGCACUCCUCUUUAUAUAGUUAUCAAAGCUAAAACUUUGAAAUAGGGUCUCAUGGUUCUGGUAGCAUGUUUUUAUGUGAGCCCACACUCAGGUCUAAAACAAGUGUUAGCUCACAUAAGCCAUUGCGUAGGUAAUAUACACCAUUUGCAUAUCAGUCUAAUGCCACCAUGAAGACAGCUAAGGAGAGGCUAACAGAUGCUCUCAAGCAAGAAAUGGCCCUUGGCACACCCCAUAUAAGAAGUCAAACCAUUCUAAAAUGGUUUGACUACUUACAAAGGGGUGUCAAGAGCACUGUAGAGGUAGUAAGGAGUAUUCCUUUAAAAUUUCUGCCUGAUCUCAGAAUUCUUUUAUAUCGUAUGUUUUGAACUUGCAUUACAUGGGCUAUGAUCCAAAAGGAUCAGUGACUAUAAUCCAGCCAUGUACUGGAUGUAUAUAUAGGAAAACUUGAGGAGAGCACUCAUUGGACUUUCAAUCACCUUCCACCUUUAUUCACAGUACAGUUAUGUUACAUCAAUGUUUCAGUCUCUCCAGCCUUUCAUCAGGAAAGGAUACUGAUACUGAUAUAUAUUGUGCAGAAUUGACCUAUUUAUUCUGUUAUGAUAACUGGUAUUGCUACCAGAUGUCUUGCGAUUUUCCAUGCAAUCUACGUAUUUCGGUACAGAGUGCACAAAAGUUCCAAUUUCGAAACUCCGGUUUGGAGAGAAGACUGGUGUGCUGCCAUUGAAACCUAAAAACAGCAAAGUUCAUGAUGCAUGGGUCAUACAUUCAUUACUCUGUGUACCCUGGCUGUAAUCCGUGAAAUUCGAUCUGUCUUGGCGUCAUGGUUAGCACAUCCCAGCAGAAUAAUUGAGGGAAGACCUUGUUUUUACAGUUUUUUAUCCUUGUAGUCCUGCCCUUUCUCUGCAAGGUCGCCAAGUUACAUUCCAAAAUAGAACAUUUUAAUUGGGGAUAUCCUAACCUACGUCAUUUCAUCCUUAUUUUAAUCCUUUUCUAACACCCCCCACAAUUAUACUAGCAUACUCAUGUUCAGCUGAGUUCUCAAGGGCCACUGGCCAGCCAGGAUUUUGGACUAAUUAACAGGCAAACUAUAAAUGAUCUUAUAUUACUAAGUAAUAUAACUUACUAAGCAAAGUGUUUCAAUAUGUGCUGACCUGAAAACCUGGCUUCUUAGUGGUCUUAAGGGAUCUGCAUUAAAUAAUCCUGAAACAAUAUUCUCCUGCUUUCUAACAGAGGUGAGAUCACACUUUUAUUCUGCUGGCGUUAAUGUUAUGUAUAUUAACCACUCCGAUGCCAACUAUGUAUAUAAACUGUAUACUUUGUCUUGCUAUGUAAAGACACAAAUGUAUUUUCACUUAUAAGAGCAAAUAUACUGAUCCCUUGUAAUGCCAAUCCCAUAGAUAGCCGUAUCACAAAGCCAUAUCAAUACUGGACAUUUAACUGUUUGUGUAGUUUUUUGUAAUACAACUGAAUUUAACUGUAAAAUGCUUGAAUUUAAGACAAUUAUUGUUAGUAUAAAUAUACAUAUUUUACAGCAUUCUACAGCAAAAUUAGGAAUAUAAAAAAUAAGAAAUAAUAUAAUGUUACCAUCCAGUAUUAUUUGAUUGAUAACAUCAGAUAGUAUAGUCGAAAACAUGUGGUUUUCAGUAUCAGACUUCCACCUAUUAACACACUACAUAUCCCAUUAACCAUUGCAACAUCUUUCUGUGAUUUUACUUAGCAGUGGUCCAUGAGACAUAAUUCAGCUAGAUGUCUAUCAUUUAAAUCCCAAUAGUCUACAUUAGCUCUAUGAAAAGAUAGAGGAAAAACAAGAAAAUUUAUUGCUUUUGCUGUUUUUUUGUACUGCUAUGUCUUAUUCGAUAAUAUGACAAAUAAAAUAUUCUGUGAAUUUUUGUGUCUUUUUACCAGGAGUCCCUGGUGCCGGGGCAGGAGGCCAGUUCUACCCAGGAGGAGCGGGUGUGGGCGCAGGAGGCGUAUACCCUGGUAAGCACGCCUGUCAUAGUAAAUCUGACUGAGUGCAGUAAAAUGUGCAUUGAGUAAGAGAGGAAAUCACGGUUUUAGCAUUACCACUCAGCAGUUGAGAAGUCCAACGUGUCCAUCAGUAGCUGAUUAAUCCCUUUACUCCUAGUAAACGUAUUCCAUAGAAUUUAGGAAUCCAUACCCCCAGCCCUUUAUAUACACAUAUCUCACCAUUUUAAUAACGUGCAAAUAAGAUAAAAGGAUAUUGCAUUAUUGUCUUUGACUCCAUUAUUCUGUUAUGAGGAUCAACAAUGAAAUGUUGUUUUGCCAUAAAUUAAUGGUCUAUAUGUACCGACUGACAUAAAAAUGAACAAAAACACAUUCUGGAUUCUAGUGGUAAUCUGCAUUUAACUUUGUAGUGAAGCAUUUGAUAUUAAUCCAGUUCUGCGGUAACCCUACGACCCAAAGACUACGUUUAUUUUCCCUUUUUGUUUCAGGCGCAGCAUUAGGAGGAGGUGGAGUACCUGGAGCCGGAGCAGGUAUGUUUGAACCUUCAGUAUGCUAAAUGACGUUAAUAAAACAAUAGCAGACAUGAACAAUAGAUAACGGAUUGUAUAUGUACGCUGCACUACAAAUUGAAAUGUUUUACUGGAGAUAAUGAUAAUUAUUCAAGGCGAGUUUUGACCUCUUAGACACCCAGCCAGUUAGUAAAUACUGCUUGCAUGUAGUUUAUACUGGUAGACAACAGGCAGCAUUGAAUAUAUUGUCAGACUGCAACUCAUGCUGUCAUGUUGCUUUGCCAUAUAAAAUGUGAAUGUACUUUCCAAAACAAUCCACUUUAAGAAUUUCAAGCUUUAUUAUAGAGACAUUAUAUGUCCAUAAAUUGCAGGGGUAAGGACAUAUACCCUUAAAUAUCAGGUUAUUGGAGAUAAUUUGUAUUGUCACUCCCGACAUUCACAUCCACAGGAUCAUGAAUGCAAGUGCUUCUAGUCAUAAAUCAUACUUAACCCUGCCUGACCUAUGUCUUCCCUAAUCUUAAGUACCCUUACCCCAGUGCCAAGAAAACCCAACCCUAAGUCCCCCAGCCUUAUCGAUUGGUUCUCCAUAACAUUAAAUCCUUGACCUUAAAUUCUCCUUAGCCCUAACCCUCAGCGACCAUUAAUACUAACCUCUGAUUCCAAAUCUCAAUAACCUUAAUCUCAAGUACCUCUUAAUCCUGAAGCUAAUGGUAGCAUUGAAAACAUCACCAGUGUGAAUGGAACUGCUAUGUUAUAAUGAUUAGAUAUGACACUUGUUCUUAAGGAGUAAAAUAGCCCUUGUCAUGAAGAACCAAUUCACAAAUUGGAAAGACCAUUAAAGGACCAAUCCAAAUACUUUUACACCAGAACAUCUGAGUUAGAGACAAACAUCUGCAUCCAUAACUGGCUUAUUCUGUCCUAAUAUUUGUACAUUUGUUCUUAAAUACAUAUAAUGAAAAUACUUUGUUAAUUAUUACAUAUUCCUUUCAACACAACCAGACCUAGAGUGUUGUUCUGUGCACUAGUCUCCUCUUUUUUUCCCUAACCCGCCACAAGUUCUUACAGGGACAGUACAGACCUCUAAAUCACUUUAGCUUGCUGAAAGUUUUAUGUAUGAAGAGUGUGUCCAAUUCUUUCAUUUUGCAAAUAGUGCAGAUUUCAAUAUAAAUUGACACUUUUAUAAAUUAACCUGGUUACACUCCCUGGCUUUCAAGCAAACAACUGGUCCUGUUACUUCCUGAUUUGGUUAGCUAAAUGAAGCUAAACUCAAGAGGAAGCAAUUGGCCAGAGUACCUGACUUGCACAGACUUGUCAUUGAGCUACAUUGGGAAGUCUGUGAUUGGACAGCCACAGAAAGACUGGGCAGAGUUAGAAGGGGAGGAUUUGCAAAGGCAGCAGACAAGAGAUCUGCAUAUUUUGCAAGCUGUUUUUAGAUAAAUCCCAAUGAAAAAUACAUAAUUAAAUGCAUGCAAGUUUUCCUUUGGGGCAUAUCUACUAAACGGUGAUUUUUAUUUAUUUUAUAUUUGGGCAGUGGAGUGGCCCUUUAAGGUAACUGACUUGCUUUCUUUAUCACAAACUGUUAGAAAAAUUUCCACAACCAUGAUCAGUUUUACUGAUAAUCACACCACCGUACCUCCUUUGUCAAUAUGUUAUUGUAACCUUGUUGCAACUCUUUUCUUUUGCUUAGGGUUAUAUCCUGGCGGAAAACCCCCUAAACCAGGUAGGUGCCAUAUCUAUAUUCAAAUGUGAAUUUACUUUGAUAUUCUGUUGAUUGUACCAUUUAGAUUAGAUUGCCUUUAAAAUAGUGCAUCCUAGUGGCCUUUUGACAUUACAUGUGCUUUUAAAAUGCUUUCCCAGUUAAUGUGUGCAUGUGAGCUCUCUAGAUCAGGGCUCAAAAAUUCAAAUAGAAUGCCACUAUCCAGGUGAAAAUGUUACUCACCCCUGCAAACCUCCUAUUGCAACUUGACUGUUGGAAAUGAACAGCAAAGCAGUAUAUAUAACAUUUGCUGACAGUAGGGUUUAAUUAAUAACUCACAGACCAAAUUAUAGGCCAAAAUGUGGCAAUUUACCACUAUAAUUUACAAUUCCCUACACAAUUCCUCAAGAUUCUCAGCUUAGUAAAUAAGACUAAAAUCUAUUUCUAAAAUUAUAGAUUACAAAUGAGAAAGUUUCAUAAAAUUACAAUGUUAAUUUACAGCCCUUCUUACAUAUUCACACACUGUUAUAUUCCCCAAUGGACGAUAUCAGAGAGCUUGAAGAAUGCGUUGCCUAGAUAUUAAAUUCCAGCCAGCAUAUGUAGUUCAGCCAACAGAAACACAAAUGACUUCAAAAUAACAAUAAUGCAUUAAUAUAAAACUCGCACAACACAUUUCGUAAUGUCCACAGAUUAUGGUUGUAAAAGAACUAUUUCCCAAGAGUAUUACAAUAAUAGCCUCUGGUUCUAAACCCAUCAUAGAACAUCUGGUGUUCCAUUGAUGGCAUGAGAUUCACGAAUCUUGGAGAAAUGUUUCUCUCUUAUAUUUUUUUAUAAACUAUGUUUUCUGGCUGAAUUUCUAUAUUUUAAGGUAUGUUUGAAAUGAGUCACUACUUACAAAAAGCACUAAAACUAAGUAAUGUUUAAUUCCUGAUAAUAAUGGAUUUUAUAAAGAAUUAGACAACAACAAUUAUGACUUUCUGGCAUGGUAGAAUGUAGCAGUGAAUUAGCCUACCACAUAGUUUAUUCACUAAACAGUUAACGUUGGGGAACGUACAAACUAACUAAAGAUUUAAAGCAAAGAAUAGCACAUAUGGAAACCCAUUACAAACACACUUAACAGUAUUCUUUUUGAACAAUAAUCAAUGGGUCUUCAUUAAAUAUAGACAGUUAUUAGACAGCUCCAGAAAGCUUCAUGAUAUUAUCAUUUACACAGAAACAACAUUCCUGGUAUCUUUAGAAGCAGAAAUUUUUCAGCUGCCUCAAUAGGUCAUAUCUAACUGAAACAUUAAGCGCAUUUGGCUACCGUAACCAUCUGCAUAUCUUACUCUGGUUUCCAUUUAGAUUCUUUCUUAGUCAUAAAUUAAACCAGACAAGGAUGUCCCUUGUUCCUGUUUUUAUUUGGUUUGUAUUUGAACCAUUAAGUUUAUCAGGGAAGACAUAAAUAUUCAUAGCAUUUCCUUUAGAUGACAAUAUUCCUUGAAUUUUUUUGCAGAAUGUAAACUUAAUGCAGACUAUGGAUUUAUUUUCUACUAUAAAUUAAAUGAAACUAACAAAAUAAAACUAAAAGGCAGUAGGAACCUGCAUUGCUGGUAUAGUAGCUGAUGCUGGAUUUGCAACCAAUGCAAUCGCUCUUUACUUAUUAUUAUUAUUAUUAUUAUGAUAUUUAUAGAGCGCCGUCAAAUUCCGCAGCGCUUUACAAUGGGUGGACGAACAGACAUGUAGUUGUAACCAGACAAGUUGGACACACAGGAACAGAGGGGUUGAGGGCCCUGCUCAAUGAGCUUACAUGCUAGAGGGAGUGGGGUAAAAUGAUACAAAAAUGUAAGGAUAGUAUUAGACUAAUGACAGUUGCAGAAGAGGAAUCAUUCAGGAGCUAUUAACAGUUUAAUGGAUACUUAUGUUAUGCUUAAUUAAUUCAGUACUCACCUAUCCUUUAUAGGUGUAGGUGGCCUUGGAACUGGCAGUCUAGGCGGCGGUGGUGUUGGACCUGGUGGAUAUGGACCUGGUGGAUAUGGGCCUGGUGGUGCGGGACCUGGUGGAUAUGGACCUGGUGGCUAUGGACCUGGUGGUGUAGGACCCGGUGGCUAUGGACCUGGUGGUGUAGGACCUGGUGGCUAUGGAACUGGUGGUGUAGGAGCUGGUGGAAAGCCUCCAAAACCAGGUUAGAUACAAUGAAUAUUAAAAGUCAAUAUAUAAAGCUAUAUUCAAUCAAUAAUAUAGGUUUUGUAGGUUUUAACAUUCCAUAGAUCAGUGGUCCCCAAGCCAGUCCUCAUGGACCACCAACAGUCCAGGAUUAAUGUAUUUCCCUUUUUUAUUAUAAUGGAGAUACUGACAAAACCUGGACUUUUGGUGGUCAAUAAGGACGGGUUCGGGUGUCAGUGCAAUAGACAAUUCCCCCAAGAAUGCCAUAAGGAAACACAUGUAUUAUAUGUGUCACACCCUUGUCUAUGGUUAUGUUUAUAGCAAAGCUUACCUUUCAUCUACUGUUGUUACCUAGAUAAAGUCAUGAUCGGCAAAGAAAAGUCAAUAUACAAUCUGGGUGUUAAUCUAGGGCUAAUACAUAGAAACAUAGAAUGUGACAGCAGAUAAGAACCAUUCGGCCCAUCUAGUCUGCCCAAUUUUCUAAAUACUUUCAUUACUCCCUAGUCUUAUCUUAUAGUUAGGAUAGCCUUAUGCCUAUCCCACGCAUGCUUAAACUCCUUUACUGUGUUAACCUCUACCACUUCAGCUGGAAGGCUAUUCCAUGCAUCCACUACCCAAAAUUUUGAAGGCCCCAGUUCAGAUCUCGCGACCCCUGGUUUACACGACCAGUGCUCUAACCCCUGAGCUAUGGAGCCAAUACAUUAAAUUGGUAGCAAAUUAGGGAUUUGGAAUCUAGCAUCUAUAACAAAAUCAAAGCUCAGUAACUUAGGAAACAUGUUUAUUUACAUAUAAAAGUAAUGUUUCUUUGAGUUCCAAUAGCAUAUAUAUCUUAACAGAUUGCUAGUUUUAUACAUAUGCUUACAUGGUCAUUCUAUGUUGUAUUUGAACUUACAUGGUCAUCUUUUGUCCUCCAUAUUGACUAUGCUGUAAUGAUCUUGAAAUUAAUUAAUUAAGAAACAAAUAAAAAUUAGAUAACUGUUACAAUACUGCUUUAGGUGUAGGUUGUAACAUAUAAAAUGAAAAAAAUGAAAUCAUGAAACCUGAUUAACUAUACUACAUGGCCAAUUCUAUGUUCUACGGCCUCACAGUUUAAUCACAGUAAAGAAGCACAGAAAGCACCAUAACCACUAUAUUUCCAGUGUCAUACCCUUUGUGCUAUACCCUGGUUACAUGUGAAAGAUUAUUGAGUGGUUUAACACAUAUCAAGGGUGUUUCUGGCACUCACGACACUGCCCAUCACUGUGGAAGCUACAUGUCUGCUUUCAUAACUUCAAUUCCAUCUCACUCAGCCAAUGAACAUUGUAUAAAUUUACUGUAAAAUAAUAUGACUCAAGCGAGCCUCGGUUUGUGUCAAACCAGCUGAAAAUGGUUUAACAUAUGACAGUGAGAUUGUCCAAGGGGCAUGCUGGUACCAUAACCACUACAGCAGUACAGUGGUUAUGGUGCCUAAAGUGCACCUUUACAUUUAUAAGGAGAAACAUGAUCAUAACAGCUAUUGGUUGGUGUUGAUAUUUUGAUAACCACUAGUGUAAAUAUAAUUAAAUAUAACCAAUACAACCAAUUUUAAUGCUGAGCUACCACAACCAAUUUUUUAAAGUCAUAGCUAGCAUUCAAAUAUUACUUGAUUUCAUUUUUAAAGGAUAUGGAGGUGGUGGAACUGGAGUAGGCGGUGUUGGUGGAACUGGUGUUGGUGGUGUUGGUGGAGUCGGAGGCGUUGGUGGAGUUGGUAAGUAAAAAUACAGUAUGUUUUUAUAUUUAUUUUGUCCCAAGGGUACAAAGUGCUAUUAAAUAUUCAUUAAGUAAAAUAUGUAAAAAGCAAUACUUUUAAUAUAUAUAUUAUGAUAAAUACAAUCUGUGAAAUAGUGCAGAAAUACAAAUAAAUCCUAUUUCUUCUGAACUUAUUCGAGUUUGUGCACUCAAAAGGGAAUGUAAAUUUUAGACCCAAAUAGACAAGGUGCAAAGUAACUGAGUUAGAAAAUGUAUCCAGUUGGACCAUGGUGUUUUAAAAUUUUAAUUUCCCUGGCUAAUUCUCCACAAUUCUUUUCUAUAUUGUUCUGACAUUUUCCAAAGGUCUUUAUAAUUUCAUAAUAGGGGUAUGAAAUAUGAUAUAUAUAUAUAUAUAUAUAUAUAUAUAUAUAUAUAUAAUGAAUACAAUGUUAAACAAAAAUCUGCACACCAGUCAAGCCAUAAGGCUUGCUUUUCCCACAGGAAUCACAAAUUUCAGCAGACCCUAUUUACUGAUGUAUAUAUGAGAUUCUAUAAAAUUUACCUUUUUUCACCUUUUGCAAUCCUAGUCCUUAUUAUAAAUAGUCUAGAAUAGAAAUCUAAAGUGGAAAUUGAAAUAUAAUGAGACCCAGGAUAGCAGCAUAAUGACAAUCUAGUUCCUGGACUUACAAAUGUCAGCUCUUCACUAUACCUCUCAGCUGGCUGAUGAAGUAGAGCAGAGCCUAAGGAUGAUGUGAGUUACUGAUGAAGACGUUAAGAAGCUCUGCUUAAUGCCCUACCCACACCCCAAUUGAAUACUGUAUUUUCUAAAAAUCUAAUGCACAACUUUAUUGGCAAAAUAAAGUCUCCAAAAUGUAAAUGCCGUGAGAAUCGAAGGUGCAUUAGAUUUGAGUACGACCGGAUAUGACAGACAUACAAUACAUUCGCAUCAUUAAGACAGGGAUGCGAGACUUGGUUUCUGUGUACAGAAUAGCUGUACCACACAUCUUUCUCUGUGAAUUUCGCCCCCUGGUGAAUUUAGCACUGGUCAAAGGGCAAUCCUCGCUUAUCGACCUAUAUGUUGUAUAGUAGUAUCUUCUUGUGCAAACACACAUUACAUUCAACAGAGAAAACAUUUUUCGCAUUCGAUUCAACGGCGCAUUAGAUUCGAGUAAAUACGGUAAAUUGUUGGAUGUGGCUGAGAUCCUAUAAAUGUAUCUGUCUGGGAUUAGCGGUAUAAGACUACCGGUCAUUUUCUAGGUGCCCCAGGGGGUCAACAAGUUGAAGAAGAGCCAACAAACGCCUCAGGUAUGAUGAAGAAGCUGCACAUGCAGAGACACUGUGCAGCUUCUGUGGUAUAACACCGCAUCACAGUAGUGAACUAUUCCACCGGAAAUUGUUCACACUUAACUGAUACUAACAAGCUAAUUUAGUAGUGAACCUGGUGCUUCCAUGCUUUUGUAAACUUAUGUUUUGUAAUGCAAUCUCACACAAGGCAAGCGUGAAGAUGCAUUACAGCAUAAGUAAUCAUAGUGUGUGCAGACAUUUUGUGGUACACUGCACCAAAAACACUUGUGCUUGCUCUAGUUUAGACAAACUAACAGUGAGAAUUUAAUCUUAUAAGGACUGGAUAAUAUAUUGAGAUGUUCAUCAACAUUCCAUAAGGCUGCUUUUAGUAGUUAAAACGUGCAAUUUCAAUGUUUUAACAUGUGACUGAUAGAAAAAAAGAUAAAUUAUUUCAAGGAACAAUCCAAGCACCUUAACCAUUACAGACCACCCAUUGUGAGUAGUCAAAUCAUUUUAGAAUGGAUUGACAUAUUACCUCACACACACACAGACACAUUACAACUGAAAGAGAGCAGGAAACUCUCUGUUUGAGCUAAGUCUGAGUGUACGUCUAAGCUCUCUUCCUGAGAAUAAUCUCUUAGCACUCUCAGCCAAUGAGCCAUAGUGGUUAUGGUGUUUGGAGUGUUUCUUUAAUGGUUAAGGACUAUCCCAGUCGAGUUGAGUUCUGUGGAUUUCAGACCAAAACCCACAUACAUGAUUAAUCUCCAUUAUAACACAUACAGCUGUUAAUCAGAAUCUGGCUAUGCUAUUUUUUUCUCAACAGUUUUCUAGGUUAUUGUUGUCUUGAUUAUAUUAAAACAGUAUUCCAGUUACAUUUAGAGAGGGGUUAAGCAAAUGGGCCUUAUUAACAUUCUAACUGAGCCUUCCGUGCAUGAGAGAGAGUGUUUGUGUGUGUAUGUGUAUCUGAGAGAGAGUGUUUGUGUGUGUAUGUGUAUCUGAGAAAGAGUGUUUGUGUGUGUAUGUGUAUCUGAGAGAGAGUGUUUGUGUGUGUAUGUGUAUCUGAGAGAGAGAGUGUUUGUGUGUGUAUGUGUAUCUGAGAAGAGAGUGUUUGUGUGUGUAUGUGUAUCUGAGAGAGAGUGUUUGUGUGUGUAUGUGUAUCUGAGAGAGAUUUUAAAUAGCAGCUGUCAAUUCACUUUUUACUGUGAACUCUAAAAUGACAUGAUGAGUUAGCAAUUUGUAAUCAAUCAUUUACAUUUUCUAAUAUCUGGAUGACCAUAUAAAUAGCAGUAUUCCUUUAGCAAGGCCAAGCUUGCUAAAGCCGAAUGUUGAAUCUUCUGCAUUAAGUGUUUACAGCCCUAUAAAUGUAGCUGUACGAGUGCUCAAUGUAAACAUCCUUAAAACAUUAACAAACUUCCAAGAAUAAAUGCCAUUCGUGAAUGGGUAGUAAAUGGUGGUCAGUACUAAGGGAUAAUUCAUUUCUGUUCAGCAAUAAUGACAUCCACAUGCGUCUGUUGUACAUCUAGUUUCUACAUAUAUCUGACCCCUCCUGCUUUACUAUAAAGUUAAAAAAAAAAAAAAUGUUUAUCAAUGCGCUCGCUCUAACCUACAAAAAUACACUUAACGGGGGCGGAGCCAAGCAACAGAACGGAGCGGUCGCACCUAAGCCGAGCUCUGCAAUACUAGGCCUCUUUUUUGGUGCUAUAAACAAAUUACCCCAAACAAAUCGGUGCCAACUGGGCACUAAACCAGCAGACACCGUAAUGGGCCGAAAAACAAAAAAACAGAAGGCGGACAAGCCUAGAAUGGGCAUGAACAUUGGGGACCUGUGGCGGCAAGCACAUGAGACCUCACAACCUAAGAUGGCGUCCUACCUCGAAGAAAGCUCAGACUUCUCGGACGACCAAACUCCGGAGAUGGCGGAGUUCCUCAUACCAGCACCACAGGUGCCAAGACAGACGCCAGCACCAACAUCGCCAAAGAGGGACUCGCAGCCUGUGACCAAGGCUGAUAUGCAAGACCUUCUAGCAGACCUCCGGCGGGACAUCCACGCGGAUGUUACAGCACUCCGCAACGACCUCAAAGGCCUGACAGGCCGCAUGGGGGCCCUGGAGACUGAAUCCCGCAGCACCAAACGAGAGGUUAUGCACCUGCAACAAGAAAUGCAGACCCUCAGAAAUCAACAGACCACCCUUGAACAGAAACUCACAAUAAUGGAAGACUCCAGACGCCUCAAAAAUCUCAAGGUUAGAGAGGUGGCGGAGGCAAUCCCUGACGCCGAAUUACCGCACUUUAUUAGACGCCUCCUGGGCACGAUCCUGCCUCCCAGACAGGCGAAAGCGAUAAUGAUAGAAAGCACGUUCCGGAUCCCCAGACCCGCCAAAGCCCCGGCCACUGCUCCCAGGGACCUGAUUGUGCGUUUCCAGGCCAGGCAGGACAAGGCUGCAGUGAUGGGCGCCCUCCGGGGACAAUCCCCAUAUAACUUUGAGAACUCUUCGCUUACCUUCUUUGCCGACCUCACAGGGAGCACACUAGCAUGGCGAAAGUCCCUGCAGCCCUUCACGACACUGCUCCGGACGCACAACAUCCCCUACAGAUGGAAGACAACACACACGCUGGCAAUCUCCCACGGCGGAACCAUUUACCCAGUUCACGAUUUGGAAGGAGCAACAGCGAUCCUGGAGAGCCUGGGCCUGCCACCGAACUCAUUAACCAACACCUCAAAAGCAACGGUGACCACAUCGCAAGGCUGGGACCCGGCGAACACGGCCCCCUUCAUACCCAGGAGGCCACCUGCGGACAUCCAUGCAGAAGCCACGACCUGAUCUCUCCCAGUCAGCCACACCACAUGCUGGCAGAUAAGACUUUGCGCAUAGAGGACUAACAUCUAUAAUCUUGCUUUCUAAUUAAGCUUCACUGCUUUAACCAUGCCCUGUACUGCUCUUCCCUUAGCUCUGCUAUAUUUGCAGUGUCCGUUUUUAUAUCCACUAGGGCCCCGCACAAGUUCCCGGUGAACGGUAACAUAACCAGGGGGUACGGGCCAUAUACGUCCCCCCUUUCCCCCCAAUAAGCUCCCCAGCCACCGCGCCAACACCAUUAGAAGCUACUUGGAUCCCCCCCACUCAACCCGGAUCACAUAGGCCACCCUGACAACCCCGCAUAAACCUCCCCAGGGCCUUAUCUGGAGACUUUCCAUACCACAAAGUCUUACAUAUAUAGCACUCAUGACUCCUACAUAAGAUAGUGCGCCCAGUAUGGCGUACAUGCCCUUACUAUACAGACAAGGGGUAAACUUUGACUAUAUGCCGCCGUUGUGGCACAGUGAGAGGGCUCAUGACUAGCAUUUACCCCUCUAAUCUGUGGCAUAGCGAUUUGUCAUAUCCUUUUAAAGUGCUGUGCUCCUAGACAGCCUGCUACUGGCCACCUCCAUGCCAACUAGUUUAUGUGGCUGACGACCUGCUACUUGUAUUAUGUAUUCUCUUAUGAGCAUAUCUAGCCUAACAUAGCCAUUACCAACGAUAAUCUAUUAAGGUCUCAUAACUCAUUCACUACAUGCCUUGGUACGCUUAUUACUUAUUACAAUUUACUGAAGUAUCAUAAAUUGAUAACCUCAUGUUCCAGCAUAUUGUUACUCGCUACGGAUGUCAUAUAGCUUGUUAAUCUCACAUUAUAUAUAUAAAACUGUGCUGUCUGAUCUGCCACAAUUUGAAAUGCUAAUGCUAUGCCUGCACCGGCUGUUGUGGCCCUGCACGUUUAUUGUUAUUCCAAGCACAAAUAAAAUAAAGAAUUAAAAAAAAAAAAAAAAUGAGAUUGUAAAAAAUAAUGCAGAAUAUAAAAUAAUAAAAAAUGUGUUAAAUUGGUGUGUAGACUGUGUCUUUAAAAAUUAAAAUGCAGCAGAUGUAUGCGGUGUUAAUAUCCUUAAAUCUGCUAAAUGCAGGAUAUGUUGCACUCAGAACUAAAAUAGAACAUAAGAAUGAGGUAAUAAAAAAUAGUAAAAAAGAUGGAAUAUCAAAAUUAGUGCAAAAAAAAAAAAAUAAAAAAAAAAAAAAAAUACACUUAACUCCCUGUUAUCUUUGGAAAGUUAAAUAACAUUGGAAAUUGACAAAAUCAAAGCCACUAUUACAAACCUUUGCAGUUCUUGUUAUUGUAUCUUAAUGUCAAUCAGAAAACACGUUUCCCCAUGAAAGCUGACCAUUGUACAUUGAGCUGUAACCAUUUUAACUUCUUGACAAGUGACGCGAUUACUUAACCGGGUAUUAUGCUCAAUUGUUUAGAAUUUUCAAAUAUAUUUUUGCUCUAUUACACAACCAUUAAAUAAUCCCAAGAUUCUUAAACUUUAAUCUGAUAAACUUUACUAAAACAACCGGAUGCAAAAAAAGAAAAUUAAAAUGUCUGUUUAUUCAGUACAAUAGAAAAAAAACACUGGAAAUAGUUACUCAUUAGUUCACGUUGACAUCAGCCUUUACCAUUGUGGUCUGUUUUUGUUGGCCUCGGAUUGCUUCCUGGCUUUUAGCAAGCAUUUAUUUGAGCACAUUACUUUAAACCUGCUGCGACUAUUGGGUGAGAGCAGAUCAUUAGACUUGUGAAGAUUAUUAGUACAUGCUGAUAACGAAUUCCACAUUACACCCUGUGGAUGGAAUUCAAAGGGCAAUUCGACAACAUCAUUAAAAUCCCUUCCAAGAACACUACAAUGACAAGAAGUUAAUUUGGAAACUUUAGAUGGGCUUUAGUCUUGCCAAAUUUGACAUUGUCUUGUUGUAAUGUGUUCUUAACUGUAUUACUUGUUGCGUUAUCUAAAUGGCUCACUAAUGCAUUGAUAGAUAGAGGUCCCUUAUUGCCAAAUGCAUGUGCACCAAAAAAUAUGACAUUGUUAGGUUGUUGGGAGUGGCAUGUGUUCGUGGACCGCUCCACAAACAUCCACUUGCUUCCAAUGUUUUGUUAUAAACAGAAGUAAUGUUCAGGUAAGUAUCUCCUUCAAUCUAUACAUUUGCUACAUAUUUCACCAGCACAGUGCAUAGACAGAAGUUGCAUAUAUACCUGACGGGAGCUUGUGAGACACAUAAUUCAAAGGAGCACUCCAAGCACCAUGACCACUUAAGCCCACUGUAGUUUAUACGGUGCCAGGAGUGCUCUUGAUUGCUUCCAGGGUAAGGAGACAAUCUGUUCAUGAAUAGUUUGACAACUUACCUGGGGUGCAUUGGGGGUGGUCUCAGCCAAUGUGCUAAGCCCUACCCUGCUAGGCUAGCUCAAAGCAUAGAGCUUUCGGCAGCCAAGGAGAAGGUAUCCGAUGCAUUGACAGACUUCGGGUAAGUUCGCAAAUGGUAUGACUACUUACCCUCAGGACAUUCCUGGGACCAUAACCUCUAUAGAAGGCUGAAGUCAUUAUAGUGGUUCCUUAAAAAAAAAUGAUAGAGUCCUUUUAAUGCCCACUCAAUAUUCAUAAAGAUCGUAGCAUAUGUUCUCGAUUAAUAUUUACUCUUCUUCUGGAAGAUACAGCAAUGAAAGAGAUAUAAAUUUAUUUAGUUAUAUUAAAAUGUCUACAUAUGAAUUGGAGCAUUUUGUAGAAGGUUGCCUCCAAAAUGUAUAUGUGUUAUUACAAAGUAUGUCGCUAUAAAUUGAAAAGGUCACCCCACCUCUGAAGAAUCACGUCUAGUCAGAUCUGCCUUGGCAGAAUGUAUGGGAAGAAACCUAACACCAGGUGCUGUUCACAUUAUUAUCAUGUGCUUCUAUUAUGUAAAGUACAGAUGUUCUAUUUAAUAGAGAUCCCCCUACAGCUGUGGUAAUACUACUGAUGCAGUGUAACUGGCUGCAGACACAACCGUCACAAACAUUUGUUUCAUUUCAGCCUUACCAAUACCAUCGUUACCUUAGAAAACACAAGACCAAUAAAUGUAGCUGCUAAAACAUGUCAAAAAAGCAGAUGAUACUGGCUUUGAAUUGUGUGCCAGCUUUCAACAUGCAGUACAGCUGUAACUGGAAAACGUGCGAUGCACAUCGUGAUGUCCUGCUGACUUAAAUAUUGGUUCCAUUCCUCCUCGAAUGAUAUCAUCCCCAUGAAAAUCAAAGUACAUAUUGCACUUUAACAUAUCCCAGUAAUUCUCCCUCCUAUUUAAUUUAUAUCCACUUCAAAAAUUUUUUUAAUAUGUAUUAAAAAAGUCCCAAAUUUCCCCAUUUUACUCCAUAAAACUUGUGCAUCCUGUAUCUCUUGUUAUCUAUCUUAUAUAUGCGACAGUCACACAAAGAGUUACCCGUGAGAAUAAAAAAAAGGUUUGACUUUGUUCUCUUGUUUAUAUUCCAUUGAGACAUCUUUUUCGAUAGCAUUCUAGUGUAAAGGCAUGAUAUAAUUUCAUAUGGAUUAUGCUCAGCAUUAGAAUGAGUGUCGUUAUUUAUAUGUUAAACUAGAUAUCUAGGUCCUGGAGACUUUACAGUGGCUCUACAGAUUGUUGAUUUUUUUUUCUAUAUCUGCCAGUGGAGAUACAUGUACAGAUGUGUUUAAUAAAAGAGUCUAAUAUUUGUACCUUCAUCUUUCCACCACAAGGAGGCAUAGGAGUUCCACAGGGAGCUGGAGGCAAGCCAGGAAAAGUACCAGGUAGGUAUACGUAGAUAAAAGCUAAUUAUCCUCUAUUUUAUUCAUUGAUACACUGUAUUAUAAAUAUGUUCUAUCAUAGAAUCAAAGAAUCAUAACACAUUAUUUAACAUUGUCUCUGUUGUCCCUUAUGUUGUGUAUUUCUAGCCAAUUAAUUUUUUAAUUAAUCUAUUUACCAGGCACAUACCCAGGAGGAACAGGUUAUGGCACAGGUCAGUGAUCAUUCCCCCACUUCACCUGUACUCAAUAUUGCUCUACAUUAGAGGGUCAACUGGGACUUUCCAAACUGCUGAUUAACUACUUUCCAUCCAGUUAUGAGAGUCCUGAGAGUUGUAGUUCAUUGACAUCUGCAGGACUGCAAGUUUCCCUUCGUCUAGAUGAGGAUUCAAAAUUCCAUUUAAGACAGAAACCAGAAUGUGGCAGUUUAAUGUUCCUCUGACAUGCAAUGCAAAUAAUUACUCAGGAUCCACUGUUUAUUUUUAAAAAAAAUAUUCUGGUAAAUACCAGACGAAGAAACACAUUUGUGUCUGCUAUGCUUCACCAUUUAUAGCUAUCUGUCAUUAGUCAUGAAUACUUAAUGUGCUUCUCCCUGCUUGGUAUAUUCUUUCAAACACCUGAUUUUCAUUAUGAGAUCCCUUCCCCGCAUAUUUGCCCCAUUUAUAUUAUAAGGCAAUCAUUUACAUAUGUGCCUUCUGCAUUUUUUUACAGGUGGAGGCCCAGGCUUGUACCCUGGAGGAGUACCAGGUUAGUGCCUUCAUGACUAGUCUGCAUUUGUGAACAUGAGAUUAUAUGAUUUGAUGAGGGUGGCUACAAAAAGUCAUUUUUGGGUGCAGUCAGAGAACAUAGUUAAGCCACUGAUAACUAUAACAAAAUAUGAAAAUCAUAAAGGGACAAAGGAUAAUAUUCUCUUGAGGGCAAAGGAAACGGGUAAAUUCUCAUUAAAGAUAGCCCUGGACUACCAGGAGGGUACACACUUUGUGUAUGACAUAUUUUUCAGAAUUCCAGAAGUCAGCAAAGAAACCUACAAUGUGAGUCUUACGGCAGAUCGUAGCAUAAUAAUUGUACAGUAAUCUUAUUUAUAAUUGUAAUAUAAUGCAUUUUAAUUGGGAUUUAUUGCAUUAUUUACCACCAGUAAACAUAUAUUUUAAAAAUUAAAACCUUCAAUUUAAAAGUUUUGUUUGUUUUUUUAAUUCAUUAGUAAACUCUAAUUACAUUAUGAUAAUAUACCUCAUACACCUGACUGUCUGGCCAGUUUCACCUGGAAUAUUAUAUUGGUCAAGGAUGGGGCAGGUAAACGAAACCUGGCCAAUAAGAAUUCCUUUUAGCUUGCAGAUGAAAUAAUUAGUUUGUACAGGAAGAUAUACCAGAAAUCUUGCCAUGCAGGAAACAUAUGGUGCCAAGAUCUGUCUGAAACUACAUCUAAAGUACAUAACAAACGUCAGAAUUAUGGUAUGGUUAUUAUGGAAAGGUUAUCGAUUGUAUGUGGAACACAGCAUAUUAUGGAAAGGUUAUCGAUUGGAUGUGGAACACAGCAUAUUAUGGAAAGGUUAUCGAUUAGAUGUGGCGUCAUGACCACAUUGCAGAUUAUAUUAUGGUUGUAAAGGUAAAAAUAGGCAGAGGUUAAUUAACAAACACCUUGUAAAACUGUAACCCAAAAUACCUUCUGUUCUAGUCUAAACUGUGUAACUCAUUGCCGACCUGUUUGACAUAACGUGACUGUUGCAGUCAAACGGGUCAGUAAGUUCUCCAGUAUUUGUAUCAAUAUGUAAUGUAUCUAUGAUGGCACUAUGUGAAGUUUGCACAUUCUGACUGAUGAUGUUGGAUGUUAAGCGCCUUUGUCUAAAGAUGUAUAAUUUCCCUCCGUGGUAGGUGCUGGGGGUGUUAUCCCAGGAGUCAGUACAGGUAAUUUAUUAGUUAGUGUGUUGGAUUUGUGUGACAGUUCGUUCUCUCAGCCAAUGCCUGACUAGUAAAGGUUGACGUGUUAUCGUUGCUCUCAGGGAUUGUGGUUCCACAAACCGGUGGUCAGCCAGGAGCGGGCGGAAAACCAGGAAAAUUGCCAGGUGUGGGAAUAUCACAGUGAGCUAUGGAUACGUGUUCAGUAUGGCUUCUCUGUGCUGUGUGUCACAAUAAGUCUUUAAUGACUAAGCUUUGGCACUCUCUGGCUAAUGAUAUGAAUAUAUAACAGACUUUGUUAUAUGUACAUGUACACUACACACAAUAGCAAUAUGACUUAAUUGUGGACAGUGAAAUUACACCAGAAUAAUGUUAACUUGUGAUGUAAUCAGUCAACAUUUUCUUAAUUAUCAUCACAUCACAAACAAAGUCAAUAAGAAAGGCAAAUUUUAUAUAUAUGGCACCUUACAUUUAGUGCAUAUACACAAGGGACAUCCAAAUUCACCUUAAUUUAUCAAUAUAGAGGAACAUACAAUACCUACAUAGACACACGUGUAUAUAUAUUAAUACAGGAAUAUACACAAAUAUAGAAUUGAACUAGAACUGGAGUGAUGGUCUUUCUUCUAAUUGUUCAGUAACUGCAUGAAUGAAACACACAUUAGACCCCUGCCAUUAAUUCAGUGAUGGCCAUCGAACGCUGCAUGCAAAUUGUUCAGUUUAUGGAAAUCGGAACCUUGCUAUGCUGACAUAUAAAUGCAUGCCAUUUCAACCCACCAAUGUAUUUCCACCCUGCGUCAUCAACUCCGUAAACUCCACGGUGCAAUAAAAAAAAAGCCAAUGCAAAAUCCACCCAUCAGAAAUGUAGGCAACUAAGAAUAAAUCUGUUCUCAGCACCACGAAGCUUUAGGCACGUGGAAAUGUGACUCAUUAGAGAUGUGGGCAAGGCAAUAGCUAAUAAAACAUUAGCUAUCGUUUUGUUUUUUUACUAAAAUUUUCUCUAGCAUUAUUUUUCAUUUCCAAUGCACGCUUAGAUAUCCGGGCACAGCAUUCACAUUUAAUUAACCCUUGCAGCUCUGUAUGUGCUGCCCUAUAUGAGGGACAUCAGGGGUGACAUGGAAGUGCCAUGGACGUAAGUAUGUUUUUUAUGCUUACCUCCACAGCAUUAUUCAUCUUAUUAAACACUUUGAUAGCAUUUUGUGGGGUGAAGGAAAAAGAACUGUAAGUGACAGAACCACUUUAAUCCCUAUUUGGAACUACUUUUAUAUUUCAGUAACCGCGAAUAAAGUGCGAGAAAGCAGUCAUUACAUUCACCAGACUGUAUAAAACAUAAUAAAUUAAUAUUUGAUGAAUAGUCCAUCACAAACAUGCCUUAACUUCUUAUACAAUGUCAAGUUUCUUACUAUUCGUGAAACUUGAAAAACACCAAAACGUUCUGAAAAUUAAACUUGUUAUUUAUUGCCUUCACAUAUGAAUCCCAUUUGAAACCCGACGCCAGAAUCUAACAAUACAUGUAUCAGGGGAAGAUUCAUUCUAAGGUUAAUUCUGAAGGUCAUAGGGGCUGGCUCUUUCCUAGUUCACAUUUGAGAUCAACUGCCAGAACAAUAACAUUUGUCCCUAGGGAAUAAGUAGUGGCAGCUCUAAUAUUUUUGACCUCUGUAUGUCUUGCGCUCUGCUACAUUUAACAUGCAAUCAUAAGAAAAUGAAUAGUCUUAGCAAACUAAUUAUCUGUUAAAUGCAAUCAUGACCAUUAGGGUAUUGGGUAAAUAGUCUCAAUACAGUUGGAUAAAGCUGGAUAGUAUAUCAAAUUCCAUAUUUCUAUGAUUAUAGAAUUAUCUGAAUGCUCCACUUGUAUCCUAAGAGAGAGCGCAAAUCUACCAUGCCUGGCGCAUGGGAAAAUUAUCCAGUUUCUUAAUUAACAGCAAAAGAAUGCAACCAUAAUAACCUUUUUUAAAAAUCACAAGAAUCAAUGUUUAACCUUAAAGGAACACUAUAGAUAAACCUAUUUCCCUAACGCUAUAGUGUCCCAGUCUCUAUCUAGAGCAGGCAAAGGCAACCUUUGGCACUCCACAUGUUUUGGACUACACCUCCCAUGAUGCUUUGUCAGCAUUAUGGGUGUAAGAGCAUUAUGGGGGGUGUAGUCCACAACAUCUGGAGUGAGGAAGGUUGCCUUUGCCUGCUCUAGAUAGAGACAGGGAAAUCACCAAUUUAACUAGUCUCAUUUGGUUCCUUUGAAGGAGCAGCAUUGCCUCCUAUUGGCUGUAGUAGGCUGCUUUGCAAGUUUGGGAAUUAAAAUAUAAAAGCCACGUCCAACCUUAAUCAUAGCCCAGUUUAUAACUAUAAUUUUUAUUUGAAUUGAUUUUGUUUAGUCAAAAAAAUCACAUCAUGUGCUUCUUUCCACUCCUUCUAAAAGGCUGAAAUCCCCAAAAUGUACCAAAUGCUAAAAACAGUAUGUCUAUUCACUCAUGUUGUCUGCAGUCAAAGUCUAUUACUGCUGACUAUGUAUGUAAUGAUAAACCUGAAAUAAAAAUAUAGUGUCCUAUAACAUCCAUGCUUAGUAGACAUCACAUGCUGUGCAUCGAACCCUACGUCUCUUAAUUAUACACUAAAUCGCAGUAACAAGCCUGUAAAAAGCCUGCAUAUUGUUUAAACAUAUGAUCCUGCAGCCUUCUAAUGAUAGCUAUCUAGAACCAAGGCUUAUUUGAUCAAUUUUCACCCAUCCCCUACGAGAACUGGCCACUAACAUCAACCACGCUAUGAUCUACCCCAUAAAUCAUGGGGGGAGAGGGGAUUUCAGUGAGAAAACUUUCAUGGAGAAAAAAAAGAGGAAAAAUAUUUUCCUCUUUCUGUCAACUUCCUUUCAUUGAAUGCCCUCCUCUUCACCAGUGCCACAUUCUCCCAGGAUCUCCAAACAGAACUCUGCCACUUUAGCAGAUAAGUGAGUUCCUUCAACCUGCCCGAUCACUUCAUAACUUGUCUUCCUGUAGUUUAUUAACCCACUGAAAUGCACACUGCUUACUGACCAAUAGGAGCACAUCUUUCCUGCAAGAGACAUUGGCACUUGCUCAUGUUCGGGAAACUAAAAUUGAUACAUAGCAUAUCCCAAAGUUACCUACAUUAAGCUGUCUAUCUUUGUCUUAACAAAACCCAGUUGUCCAUCUUCUAAUUGGCCUGCACAUACCUGAAUUGCAACUGCGCUGAGAAAAACAUUAUAUUAUAUAAAUAUUGGCUGACUUGCACUCAUGUAGAACAAUAAUGCACACAUUAACACAGUUUUUAUCCAAAUACAUUAUAUCAUAUUAGGUCAGAGAUUCCAAUAUCACUGUCCGUUACCCCAAAUACCUCAUCAUGUUCCUGUUCUGUUCUCCAAAAUUCCACAUGUUCCCGUCAUGUACUCUCAAAUACCCCGUCCCUGUCAUGUACUCUGAAAUGCCAUCAUGUUCCUGUUAUGUACUCUGAAAUACUACCGUGUUUCUGUCACGUAUGCUAAAAUACCACGUGUUCCUGUUCUGUGUUCUAAAACACCAUGUUUUUCUUCUGUACUUGAAAACGCCACCUUGUUCUGUACUCUGAAAUGUCAUCGUGUUCCUGCUCUGUACUGUGAAAUACCACAUGUUACUGUAAUGUUCAAGUCCCACUAUGUUGCUUUUCUGUAUGUAUGUCAGUGUGAUAUCUGUAUGUACUGUGACAAUGAAACUGAAACUGUGAAACUGUGUGUUUUCCCUGUAAUUUUAAUGUAACAAAAACCCUUCUCUCCCCUUUCUGUGAUAGCUGCUGGAAUUCCCGGAGUCUAUCCCGGAGCAGUGUUACCUGGUACAGGUGUGUUUUGUUAGAUAUAUUGUAUGUUAUACUAAAUUCUUAGAGGAAUCAGAAGUGUUCUAGAUAUUAGGCUUGUAGGUAUUAUUCUAAAUAACGUGCCACUGUUCUUGCAGGCACUCGAUACCCAGGAGUUGGUGUGCUUCCUGGAGUGCCAACUGGGACUGGAGUUAAACAGAAGGCACAAGGUCAGAGUUUGUGGCUAGAUUGUGGUUCUCCUUCUGUUAGUAGAUGACUGGGGCACACUUAAGAGGUGUUAUAGUUUAAAAAUUGCUGGAGCACCAAAGUGGAACCCUGCUGUUACAGAUAUUGGCUCCUUCACAUUUCCUUUGUCUCCUCUGUAUUAUUAACACACACUUCCCUCUCUUGAUGCCCAACAGCCCACUGUUUUUAUGCCAGAAAUAUACACAUUCACAAACACUGACAAAUGGCCUGCUCAAAGUUUCUGCUGUCAAAAUGCAACCACAUUCAUAAGAAGCCAUUAUCAAUAACAAGGUUAAUAAGUAUAAAAACAUAUUUUUUCCUUGGAGAGACCUUAGCUUGCCUGAACUGGCAUAUGGGUCUUGCUAAGAUGUAAAUUUAAACAGUGAAACGUUUAAAAGGCUCUACAUGCAGCUGGUGAAUGUUUCCUAUAAAAUGUCCUCAUAAAGUGUCAAACUGAUGAUGGGGACAUUUAACAAGGAACAAUGGUUCAUGGCAAUCUGACUAUUCAUUGUCAGUUUUUAAGAGCAGCUAAUAAUUUAAUUUAUUUAGACAGGGUGUCAUUAUUAGAGCAUAGUAGGGUCUCAGACUAAAUCACCUACUUACCUAUCUAAUGUAUAAAGUUCAGGUCUAUGUAUUAGUUGAGUGUAUGCAUUUAUAAUAUCAAAAUUUAAGGAAACGUAGCUUACAGAUAUUUUAAAUGUGUCAACAUUGGCCAUUACUGCCCAAGAGCAACAUUGGAGCUUAUUGGUGGACUUUUUGGAAUCCUCAGGUUAGAUCUUCCAUGGCCUCUGAAACUUAAAAAAAUACUUAAAACCAGACAGCACCCAUAAACAAUACUAGUCCAUUCAUCAGCCUUUCUACAAAUAUCUUAACAGUUUAUUUGCGUCCAUGUUGUCUACAUGAUCCUUGCAACAGCUUUUCACUAAUUCACUGCACAGAGGCAAGUUGUAUUUUCUUGUAAUUAGUUGAGUAUUAUUCCUAAGCAUGCACCAUGCAUCAGCCAUUACAGUCCCACAAUGUCCCAUCACUGUUCACUUUUACACAAUUAUUCCUACUUAUAUAACUAGAUAAUAAGUUAACAAUUCCUGCUUUGUUACAAUGUAUAACGUACUCUGUGACUUUAAUAUAUGACCCUUGAUCUAGCAACAAGGGUCCUAUAUAUGAACUGUAAAACAAAUAUUGUCAUAUAUGGAUUAUAUAUCCAACACUCCUAUGUUCCAUGAUGACUGAGGAUGUAUUGAUUUUACAUAUUGUGUUUGUAACCUUUAAGAAAAGGGCACUUGCCUAAAAAUACACUUGUUAAUGGCUGCUGGGGGAAGCCAAUGAAUGUGGCUUAUCGGUGUGACAAUUAACCAGAUUCCUUCCAAAUUUGCCAGUAUCCAAUAUUGUUUGUAUUGACAUGAUGCCUUCAACACAAACCUUACAAAAAAUAACAAAACAACCUUACGUAUUUACUAAUAUUUAAAGGGGUGUUCACAGUCUUUCUAUGUAAAUGGGCACUCUCUAAAUAAAUGUAUAAUAAGAAUCAAUCAAACCUGCUUCUGUGAUAGGUGGAUAUACAAAAGAGUUUAAGCCUGUUACAUGACUCAAAACAGAUCGUCCCUUUAAAAAAAAUGUACAAAUAGAGUCCCAUGUCAUAACCUUGUGUUAAUCAGUCCAAAUUUGAAACCUGACCUUUGGCCUUUUUUUUCUUUUUCUUUUUUUAGGCGGGGGAGCAUAUGCUGGAAUUCCAGGUUAGUAAAUGUCUACCAACAGUGAACAAAAUUAAGUUUACACUGAAAAAAAAAAAAAUUACAAAAAAUAAUCACACUACAGUGAACUCUAAAUUCAUACUGUAUUUACUGCAUCAUGCAUAAAUACAAUAUUAAUUGCAAUAUUUCUACUGAGUACUAAAUUGAGAGAUUCUGUGGAUAGACACCAAUAUGCCUGUCGAUUUCACAAAUUUCCCAUGUGAUUACCCCACUUUUAGUACUUUAGACUAUAUUUGGAAUAUAAAACAUUGGUAAAUGUCUUCCCAGUGGCUCCUAAAUGUUCUGUGGGUUCUGCACAUACCUUGGUGACCCAGUCUAAGAAAGCUUGUAUCCAUCUCUCCCACUGCUCCCUUGCUGUUCACGUUGCAGUAAAAAAAUGCACUCAAUAUACGUUUGCAUCUCGCAUUUCUGUGUAUUAUCCUGUUGAGCGCUGCAAUGGAGCAGGGUGGAAAGGUCUCCUAUUAGCAAUCACUGGAUCCCGAAGGACUGUCUGGGACCCCCCACUACACUCUGCACACCUACUGUGUGUGCUCAAACACAAGAACAUUAUUUAACGAAAUAUGUGUUGGCAUAUGCAGCUGCCAGUAAUUUUAUAGAUCCUUUGUUUUUUCCAUAAUUUCCACCUUGUUUUCUGCUCAUCUUUAGGUUGCAAAUUCAGUCUGAAAUCCUGGAAUCACAUGAGCCUGAUUAAUCUAGUAAAAUAUGUUGGCUCAUUGCGUUACAUAUGUAAAAUCUAUGAUACCUUACUGUGAGGGCCAUGUGCAAGAUGUAUCAUUGCCUACCCUAUAACAACUCCUCUCUGUACAGACUAGUCAUGUCCCCCCCACUGCACGCUGAGAUAAAAUAAAGUCCUUUGAGCAUGUACUUCGUAGCUGACAAUCUUUGGCAGGCAUUUCUAUUCUUCAGGGGCUCUUAAACGAGGAAGCAAAUGUCAAAACCACACUGUAUUUUCCUUUACACUACCCUGUCUUCACCCGAGAGCCAAUAAAGAUAACGCUAUGGGGGAGAGCUGGGCCUGUGCUGGGCGGAUUCGAGUUAAACUCUGAGAUAUCAGGGAAAAGGGUGCAGUCAAAGGAAGUUCUACAUCACUCCCAUGUCUCAGCUCCUCAGUUCACAAAGUUAAUUCACUUUUCAGAUCAUUAUUUUAUCUUAAAAGAAAAUAUUGUAACAUUCCAAGCCUUUAACUGCCUAUUCAUUUCUUAUUUCUCUGACGCUGGGAUGAAUAAAGAAUAUCCUUCAACUGGUCAAUUUAGUUAUCAUAAAAUGCAGCAUGCGGGAUAAUGAGAGACCUGACUCAGCUUAAGAUAAAUUAUGAGAGUUAUGGUAGGUUAUGACGUACUAACAGCCUGUGAUAGGUAAUGAGAUACAGACUCAGCCUAUUGUAAAUUAUGAGAUACUGACUUAGCCUAUGAUAGGUAAUGAGAGUACUGACUGAGUCUGUUAUAGGUACUGAGAGUAAUGACUCAACCUAUGAUAAGUUACGAAAUAUUACAGUCUGUGAGAGGUAAUGAAAGUACUGCUUUGACUUUUGAUAUGUAAUGAGAGUAGUGCCUUCGACCCAUGAUAGAGUAUGUGAAUACUGACUCUAUGAAAGGUAAUGAUAAAAGUACUGUCUUGCUUUAUGGCAGGUAAUGAGUGUACAGCACAAUUCUACAGAUGAUCAGAAUAAACUCUCUGACCACUGCAGUUUAUGAAAGUACAGCCUUGGCAUAUGAGAGCCAAUGAAAGUACUGUCUCAAUACAAUGGAAUCGUUACUUGGCUUUAAAUAAACGCUCUGGCCUCCCUUUGGCAGUGAUAGUGUUUAACCGGCCUUUUUUAGGCAAUAUUUGCAUGGGAAGUAUAAAGAGGUUAGUGUAUAGCCUAGUCUAUGUACUUUGCAAUAACCAUACUUUAACCUUAGAUUAGGCAAAUCAUAGCACAGUCCCUGAUUGAUAACAGUAAUUACUCUGCCUACCUGCAUUUGGCAGUGAGACUAGCUACAGGCAGCAUUAAACAUUGAAAGAACCUUCAAUGGCUGUUUAACAUGCUUGUUGAUAAUAUUAUUACAUCAAUCAACUUUAAACAGGAGUAACAGUGUAUUUGUAGGAAUUGAACAACAAUCUAUAUAUACAUUGUCCCAGAAGAAAUACAAAUGAAUAUCCUAAUCUAAUGUGAAAAGCUACAACCCCAUAUAAAAUUCUCAUUCUGCCUGGGAUGCAAAGGACCUGUUUGGUAGAGAGUCUGCCGACCAGAUGGGGCCUUUUUAAUAACCUACAUGAACAAUGACAAAGCUGAGCAUUCAAUUUAGAAGGCUAUCACUUGAUGACUUUGAAGUUGUUGGAUCUCUCCAGCAAAGGUUAAUUUUUCAAGAAUCAAAAUUUCAAAAUACCAGAUCCUUGUUUUAUUGCUGUGAAUGAAGUUACUAUCCUAAUGUGCUCAGCCCUGAUACAUUACAUCUAUCUAACUAAAAAGAGGUUGUACAGUAAAUAUGUCUAGUAAUCUUAUAUGUUCUUUUGUCUUUGUGUUUCUCUGCAGGAUUUGGUGCGUAUGGGGGACAGCAGCCCGGUGUUCCUUUAGGAUAUCCUAUCAAAUCUCCUAAACUUCCAGGUAGGUACAUUGGGCUGACUAGUUAUCGUAUCUGAUGUAACCAAAAAACGCAAAGCUUGUUAAUUUUUUGUUGGUUCUUUCACUUAUUUUACAUCACUUUUGUUCAACCACUGCUGAACAAGAAUACAACCAUUAAACAUUUCAUUGUAAACACAAAAUAAAACACAAAUAUUUCUUAGAAAUACUGAAAUAUUUUGUCACAUACUGCCUAUGUGUUACUCAUACUGUAUCACUGUACAAGACUGACAGACAGAUCUCGAAUGGAUAUAUUAAACAAUGUGUGCACUCUGUCUAGUAAACUCGAUAUAGUAACUUGUUUGUGUCCUACAUAUUUUUUUUUAUUUUUUUUAAAGCUAUUAAGGCCCAGGAUCUCCAUUUGGCUUUUCUAAACUUAAAUAAAUAUUGCAUUAUUUAAAUUACUGCUAUUUUCAUACAGCACACAUUAACUGUCCAUAUUCCAGAAAUAACAAUAUGCGAUUUUUAUGGGUACAUCAGGUUCCUAAAUUACUUGUUAUCAUUAUAAGAUAUGCUUCCCUCCAAACUGGAAAAAUGCAAGUGAAAAGGUUUGUAACCUCCCCUCAUGAUUCCCUGUGAGCACAACAGUGGGUGUCCAGCCUUGGCCCUCUCGCUGAUAGAGAAUUAAUAAAAUGAUGCUCCAACAGCAGCUGGCAAACUAACGUUGGACUCCCCUGGAGUAAAACAACGAAACCCUGGACACUCAGUUUAAUUCCAUUUGUUAUAGCAGCCACGGCGGGGCAUUCCCGCAGAGUGAUAAGGAUAUGUCGCAUCUUUUAUUCAUGUCUGAGCAUGCAAACAGAGCCAUCUCCCCAUGCUGCUUCCGAUCUUCCUAUAUCCAAUAAAAACAUCCACCUUUCAACCUCCCAGCUGAAUUCUGGGUUUUAUUCUCUAACUGAGCUGCGUUUAUUUGAAAAUCAGGUAAAAAGAGGUCACAGUCAAGCAUUACUGAGGCCCAGCAGGGUAUAUCUUAAUAUUAGAAUUUCUUCUUGACCAACACACUUAUUAUGGCAAAGAAAACAGAACAUGUGAAACGUUAUCUUCAUCUUAAGGCAACCUUCGGCACUCCGGACAUUUUAGACUACAUCUCCCAUGAUGCUUUGCCAGUAUCAUGGUUGUAAGAGCAUUAUGAGAGAUUUAGUUCACAACAUCUGAAGUACCAAAGGUUGUCUAACCCUGCACUAGGCAACAGAGGUUAACCACCAAUGCCUUGAAUACCCCAACAAAUGCAAGGAUGGUUGUCCUUAUUUGACAUCCAGGUUAGGAUAUAGCAUUAUCUUAAUCUGACAUUCAGCUCUAUUCAGCUUGAAAAAUCUUUUUAAUAGUAUUUAUAUUGGUACUCGUCAAAUUAUAGUGUUUUAUCUCUGAAUCAGGGAAGCUGGGUUGAUACUAUUCUGGGUGCAUAUUGUUUCCACACACGGCUAUUCACUAAUGUGUAAAUUGUAAAUAAUUCUAAGUGAAAUUUAGACUACCUGAAAGCUAGAUUAUUUUCUUAACUGGUUUUAUUUUUACUUAAAGUAGAGUACAGAAUAUUUGAUAGAGUCCUAACCUCAACAUCUGAGGAAAGAGAUUUAGGGAUAAUUUUUUCAGAUGACUUAAAGGAAGGCAUACAAAGUGAUAGAGCAACAGGAAAUGCUAGCAGAAUGCUUGGUUGUAUAGAGAGAUGUACUAGCAGUAGAAAGAGGGAAGUGCUCAUGCCAUUGUACAGAACACUGGUCAGACUUUGCUUAGAGUUUUGUACGCAGUACUGGAGACCGUAUCUCCAGAAGGAUAUUGAUACUUUAGAGAGAGUUCAGAGAAGAGCUACUAAACUGGUUCAUGGAUUGCAGGAUAAAACUUACCAGGAAAGGUUAAAGGAUCUUAACAUGUAUAGCUUGGAGGAAAGACGAGACAGGGGGGAUAUGAUAGAAACAUUUAAAUACAUAAAGGGAAUCAACACAGUAAAGGAGGAGACUAUAUUUAAAAGAAGAAAAACUACCACAACAAGAGGACAUAGUCUUAAAUUAGAGGGACAAAGGUUUAAAAAUAAUAUCAGGAAGUAUUACUUUACUGAGAGGGUAGUGGAUGCAUGGAAUAGCCUUCCAGCUGAAGUGGUAGAGGUUAACACAGUAAAGGAGUUUAAGCAUGCGUGGGGUAGGCAUAAGGCUAUCCUAACUAUAAGAUAAGGCCAGAGACUAAUGAAAGUAUUUAGAAAAUUAAGCAGACUAGAUGGGCCAAAUGGUUCUUAUCUGCUGUCACAUUCUAUGUUUCUAUAAUCAAACCCAUAUGCUACUUUAUUCAAUGAUUAAUACAGUUACUCAACGAUCCCAGUUUUAUACAUUUAUAAAUUAGAAUCAAAUACAAAAUGUAUGUUACAUUAUUUUUAUUCCAUUUUCCUUUCAGUAUUUUCUAGCUUUGCAUUAAUCCAUUAUGGCUUUUUAAUAAGGAAAAGCUGUCACUACAUUCUAUUUAUAAAGAGAUCCAUUCUCUCCACAUUCACUGUGUUUAAAUAUGUUAAGAUAAGCACUCGUUCGGCACAUGCAGUCUAUGGCACUAGAUCACAGAGCUGUCAUCAUUCGGCGUGUACAAUUGAUGACUUUAUGAAGCACCAUCCAUACUGUUAAAAUUGUUAAUAUUUCACAUUUUUUACCGCUGACAUUGAUUCCUUUGGUGCACCAGCGAUCUAGUCACACUCAAUGUAAAAAAGUCCCUUCAACAAGUGUGCGUAUCACCAUAGAUACAUUAUUUAUUUAUUUAUUUUUGUCUUGUUUAUUUACUUUUUCCAGGAGGAUAUGGGCUUCCAUAUACAUCAGGGAAACCUGGGGGAUAUGGUGGUAAGUAUGAUGAAUGAUGCAUUUAUCUGCUUACAAGUCUCCACAGGGUCUAGACACAGUGUUCAAAAUAUGUCAGUGUUGGAACUCAAAUAUCGGCCAGAACUCCAUUUGGAAGAAAUAUUCACACGUCAUUGCAUCAAGGCAUUUUGCUUUUCUUUGUAGUGAGAGUAGAGCAGACUGUUUUCCAGGUUUUGUUUUCCCCACAAUAACAAGAAUAGAUAAAAUGAUAUUUGUAUUUUUAUAUAUAAAUAUCUACUUCCAAACACAAUCGUGUGUGUGUGUGUUUGUGUAUAAAACAUUUUCUGUGCAGACAUUUGCAGUAAAUACCAAACCGUUUAUAAAAAGCAGAAAUAUUCAUACAUACCACAAGUCUGGCCAAUCUGAAAAUAAAUUAUAGCUCGAAAUGAUAGAAUAAGUGUGGCUGACAUUAAUAGGUCUGUGUUCUGCGCCAACCAUCUAACAGUGAGACAAAAUGAAUAUUAAAAGCCAGCAAAGUCAACGUUCCGUUAUUAAUAACACAUAGCAGUCUGUUCAAUAAAGAUUUAACACAGUAUUAUUCUUUAUGGGGUUAGAGCAUGACACGCAAAGCCACAUUUUGCUUGUGGUAGAGUGAAACCUUUGGCUGUUUGUUUGGGUUUUCUCCAUGAAUAUAUUAUGUAUAUUAUUAUUUUUUCUUUAUUUAUUAUAUGCCCAGAGUGUGCUGUUUCUUAUAUAACUAUAUUUGUAUUGCGUAAGAUCAAUAACUUGAUAUUGAGAUGCUGCUUGUUAUCAACUCAUUUCCACUAAAAUCCUUAAAGACAGAUAUUGGAUAGAAUAAUGUGUGUGAUUUAAUAAUGUCUGGUCUAUUAGACAGUGUGCGCUCAACACUAUAACUAUCUUUAUAUUGCAGCUUAUGGACAAGGUAGUCUCGGAGCUGGUGGGAAAGCUGGAUACCCAACAGGAACUGGUAUGAACAUACAAAAUACCCUUUAAGUAGCUUAAAACAGAUUGACUUUCAGUUGAUUUGCUUGGUUUGGGCCGUGGUGGAUGCAGGGCAAAUUUGGCCAGUAGAUAGGGUAAUCAGUCGCCACGUAAUAUAUUAGGGGUAGCAACUCAAACACUACAAACUCAUUUUUUUUAUAUAAAUUUUAAUAUUUUAACAUUUGCAACAUGGCAUUCCUUAUUUAGAGGGUUGUUUUCAUUGGGGUGGGAGGAGAGAUACUUUUCUUUGUCGGGCCCUUUCCAGAUGAUAGACUAAUUGGCAUAGAACUAGAGUAGAUAUGGGGUGGUACAAGCAACCCACUGAAAGAGGCGGACAUUACUAGCAGAUUGUGUUUUUUCACUCUACCCGCAUAAAAGACAGAGAAGGCUUGGCACCUCUAUUCGAGCCAGACUCAUCAUGUUCAUGUCAUUUCAUUUCCUAUCUUUCAUGGAAAACUAUUGCCUCAAAUGUACAGACUGGUAUUAUAAAGGUCUGGCGUACACCCAGAGCUUGUGUAACCGCCUUUAAGGAAUGCCCAUAUCUUCUUUUCUCAGGGGUUGGUACUCUUGGAGCAGGAGGAGCCGCAGCUGCUGCAAAAGCAGCAAAAUAUGGUGAGUUAUAUAUAUUAUAUCAUUGUUUUCAUACACUUCGAUAUAGGCUUUCAAUAACCUACAUCCUUGUCAUUUUUGUUAAAAGGUAGGAAUGAUACUUAAUGAACAAAUGUUAAGGAGCCUGUCUACUAAAUCUAAAUUUCCAUCCAAGGCACAUUGUCAGCUAAAUCAAACGUUUCAUCCAAGGCACACUGUCAGCUGGGUACACCGAACUUGACUGUAACACGGCAAUAGUUGGCAUGAUCCAGCAAUAGUUGAAGACAAUGUUUAGUCUGCACUAUGCAGAUAGCUUAACGUUCUAACUGACUUCAUUGAAAACCUGCGGCUUCUAUGUUUGUCUCUAAGUUCACGUGGAAACCAGAGUCAUUGGGGACUUUACGCUGCCUGUCAAAUAGUGCAUAGGUGAAAUCAACCCCAUGAUUUAGUGACCCAAACGGGUAUCAUGAGACCUGAAACAUAAUACGAUGGUACAUACCCCUCAUUAUAAGGAAAAUCCAAACUAAUAAAUCAAAGAGUAUUUUGCAAAGUUAUAAAUCUAUAUGAUGGGAAAUUCAGGAAUAACAUUGAUUUGUUAAAGACACUGGAAUAUUUAAUGAUUCCUUGCUGUAGUGAAAGUUGACCAUUUUAGGUACUAUUAUUAGUAACUAGUUUAGUUGCCAUUAUUUUACGUUAAGUACUUUGGUUAACUAGCGAUCAAUUCUUUCAGGGAUUGGUGGUGUACCUGGAGCUGUACCCGGUACAGGCAUUGGACCUGGUGGCUUAACUCCUGGAGGUGGGGCCGUUCCUGGUGUUGUCCCUGGUUUGUAUCCUGGAGCUGGUGGCUACCCUGGCGGAGGAUUGGUGCCAGGAGCAGGUAGACUUGUUUCCUAUAAAUAUAUUUAUCUAGGUAGGAUUGCACAAGAUAUCAUUUCUAAUCUAUUUUUAUUUUACUAUUUUUCUGUCUUUUCAUGGCUUCUGCAAUUGGAGGUCAGGGAGGUGGAAAACCACCCAAAUAUGGUGAGUGAAUUACUUUGUUAGUCUCUUCUUGUGAGAGUGCUGAGCGUAAAGGCAGACUGAUAUCACUUUUCCAUGCCUAUGUUAAAGUGACAUCUAGUGGUUCUGUUUGCAAUGACAGGUAAAUGUUUAGUGCAGAUCUCAAGUUCUAUUACAAUGACACGACCUGUUUAAAGCUAAAUACUUUAAUAUAGACCAAGGGCAUUAUUUAUUAUUAGCAUUAUUUAUAAAGCACCAGCAAAUUCUGUAGCGCUGUACAAUAGGAGAAAAAACUGACAUGUAUUUCCUAAAACAGGAAUUGUGUAGCACUGGUAAAUUGCUAAUUGUUUGCAACAGCAGGCAAAUUGUUUCCAAAAUGGGUAUUUUCCUUCUAGUGAAUAAAACUGUGCCAACUCCAUUAUGUGUGUCUGACGGUGUUGUGGACAAACAACAGCUGGAUUUUAAGAAUCUGAAAACAUGUUUGUUUUAUACAUCUUACAUAUAUAUAUAUAUAUAUAUUUUUUUUUCUAUAGAAGCCUGUUUUCAUUGUGUUUUGGGAUGUAUCCUAUGAUAUGUCAUUUUUUUUUUUACAUAAACAGGGUUAUUUACUUAAGUGAGAAUUCAAAUCAAAUCAAAAUUAAGACAAGAGUAGUUGAACUGAAAGCAUUGCUGACUUCGAAAAGUUUAUGAUUUGAUUAUUCUGACUUAUGAAGCAAUUUGCAUUCUCUGCAUAUAUAAGAAUCAAAACCAUACAAAGAAAUAGACAAUGAUAAAAUAAUGCCAUUUGAACUGCGAUGUUCUAAAAAAAAUAACAUUGCCCUUAUGUGAGAGAACAAAGCCAGGUUAAGAAAGUUAUACUGCAGCCCAUUUACAAAUGAUCCAAAGGCCUGUUUUCUGGGGAGGAGGCUGAAUAUCAGAAGGUCCUUGCUAACUUAAUGGGAAGGACGCUAAGUAGAGCCUGCUGAAUUGUCAGGGAAUGCUGGUGGGAUGACAAAGUGUGUGCCAUUUUCUUACCUAUAUCUGGUAAAAACAACAUUGCUUCCUCUAUAUAAACAACAUCACUGUAUCUUAUAUAUCUAUAUGGACAUUAUGGCACUUAGUCCUUUAUAACAGGAAGGGCAAUUAUUUAACUUUCUAUGAACAGAACCUUCCUUGUCUUUUGUUGAAAGUAUCAUUCAAUGCUAAAUCCACAUCCAACAUCUUUUAAACUCGAUCUUUGUUUAGUCUUUACCCGCUUUGGAUUUCCCAAUAUAUCUCCAGUGUACUAAGCAGCUUGUAAUGAACUUGUAAGGUAUUUUGUAACAAGGCUUACGAUUUUUAGGUGUCCCAGGAGCUGGUGGAGGGCCAGGUAUUGGUGGUGUAGCAGGAGUUGGUGGUGUUGGUGUGCCCGGAGCUGGUGGAGUUCCAGGUGUUGGUGGGGUUCCAGGUGCUGGUGGUGUACCUGGUGCUGGUAAGAAGCUAAAAUGAUUUUUUUCCUAUUGUAUAUUUCUGGAAUAUAAUUUAGUCAGCAAAAACUUUAUAUUUAAGGCAUAUUUAUGUGAAUUUUUUCACUUAGUUGACCUGUUUUUUAUCUGAUAUCAUCUCAUUAAAAUAAGAAUUAGCGAAACACAGUUUAUUAGCUACAGUUCGUUAUGACUUAUUAGGAAACCAGAAUUUUAAUACACAUCUAGAAAGACUCUCGUAUGGGUUCCUGAUGCAAUUGUUUCUUUUUUUCAGGCGUUGGUGGACUGGGUGUUAAACCACCUAAAACAGGAGGUGAGCUAUAUUUGUCGAAGAUAUAAGUUCUGAACCAGACAUAUAUUCAUUAGAUUGACAUAAAGAUACAAAUGUGAUCUAAGCAUGUAGAAAGCAAUUAGUCUUUACAAAUACACCCAUCAUCAUAUUGAGUUUGUUUGACUCAAUAAAGCAGACAUACUAUGUGGUUUAACGCAUCCUCUGCCCGUGUCUCUUCACCUGGAAUGUAGGCAUCCUUCCAGGUGGACUUGAGUUUGUUAUUAGAAAGUGGAUGCAAAAACCUGAUUCCUGAUAUAAAUUAUAGUAGCAUAGAAUGUUCUACUUAUUAAGCAUUGCCUGCUAUAUCCAAUAUGCAUUUAAACUUUUGCAUUUGAAAUGUUGAACGGAGUGAUGCCAAAAUGGUUCAGUCUAGAAAAGAGGUUUUAGGCCUGUAAUGGCAAACAUUAUAAAUGGCUGUAUAAUGGCUACACACUAUAUCCAAAUGGUGUAAUGGUGCCAUUACAGUGCUAUUGUAAUUUCUCUCAACUUUUUAAAAAUUCAGUUUUUAUCUCAAUAUUUGCAUAGGGGGAUCGCUCAGUAGAACUCUGUUGUUGUUUAAUGACUAGGACAUAACUUUACAUUUUGUAAUAUCUAUAAGGCCCAUCUUGCUGUGAAAGCACAGGCUGCUGUUGGUCAUUAGGAGGUUAAGUACCCCAUGAAUGUAAAGCCCAGCAGAGUAUGUAAAUCAGUUAACUCCUUCAGCGCCAUCCGCAUGGUACAUGAUGUGCUAUGCACAGCACUGCUAGUACAAAUGCAGAGUACACAAGUGAGCUUACAGUGGAAGGUCAUAUGUGUGUUUUCAAUAACACUCUGCAAUGAGAUCAGGCCCUGUGUUUUAUUCGUUGUUUAUUUUUCCCAAACUGUGCCCUGUUUUAGCUGUUGUUGUGUUAUAUAAGAAUGCUGCUUGGCUUCCUCUGCAGUGUAACUUGAUUGAUGGCUGAGGUCAGCCAAGAUGCAAGUCAUGCAUACUAGUGCCAUUAGUGCAUACUAAUGCCAUAAAAUAAAUUUGUCCAUUCAUUAUCCGAGCACUAAUGUUAAAAUGAGACGAAAAAUUAUAUAGUCAGACUUUAAUAAUAUAAUAAUAUAUAUAUAUAACAUUUUAUUAAAAAAAAACAUUGCAGGUCUGUUUAAUAUAUUGCUAUGAGAGAAACAGUGUAAUUAUUUUAAUUGGAUUAGGCAGCUCCUAUAAUGACAUUGAUAGUACGCAGUAGUCUCUGCUGAGAGUUCUUCUCUGUAUUUCUCAUAUUUUAUUACAAUCUCUUUUCUCUUAAUCUAGCCGGGAUUGGAGUUGGACCAGGAGGAGGUAAGUGACCCAUUCUACAUUAAGAACAUAUGUAUCAGGAGAAGUGCUCAACUCUGUGACCAUACACUGACAUAUAUAUUUAUAUUUACAAUUCUACACAUUAUAACUGCUGCUAAAUUAUUCAUAGCACGCAAUUGGAAGACCCCUAAGAUACAUACAUAGGUUAUCUCCCGAGUCAAAUGGCAAGUGAGAAUAGGAAAGUGCAUGUUAACAAAUAUCAAAAAUCGACAAAUUAAGGCAGAACAUUGGGAAGAAUGGAUAAUUAAACUAGACUCAAUAAAGCAGACAAUAUCAUUGCCAUCAGAACCUGGUGCUUGGUUCUGGCUCAGAUUGAUGAGAUUGAGUGCCGUUCCUUAUGUAUGUUCUAACCUAUUGAUAUUGUGAUUUUUAUUAGUUCAAAAACCAAAGGCUCAAAAAAGUUCAAAAACUCUACAAAGAAAGAGGGGGAGAGGCGAAGGGAAGGAGGGGAAAGAAGGAGGGAAGGGUAGAGGAAGGGAAAGGAAAUGUAGAGAAAAGGAGAAAGGAAAAAAUCCGAAACAGAAACUUCAUAUAACCUUUGUGCAUUUUAAAGAUUUGAGGUUCCAAUAGAGUUAUUCACAUAUAUGAAUAUGAUAAUUUCAAAUUGGCCAAUGAGAAAAACACAUUUUUAAAUGGUAAUCCCUGUUGUCCUGUUCUUUACUUCACUAUCGUUUUUUUUUUUUUUUUUAACGUUUGCUGAAAUGAUCAAGAGCACACAAUGCAAAGAUCUAUAUAUGAUCCCAAAUUUCCAAGAGGUUAUUUCUUAAGACAGAUGUCAAGUGAAAAUUAAAAUGGGCAUGCUAGUCAGCUUGGGAAAAUUGCUAUAUUAAGUAAAGUUUUGAGAUGAACAGGCAACCAGAGGGGAUUUAACAAAUUGGGCAACUAAACAAAAAUACAAAUUUGACUUUUAAGAACCAAAUGGCCUCUCUCUCUCCAAAAGGAAACACAACGUGACUAUUGUGAUAUUUGGUUAACUCUCCACGUGUUAAACUAUGUGACUAUUUCUAGAUUUUGAUAUGAAAUUAUUUGUUUCAAAUAAAGAUUGAAAUUAAAAAAAACUAAAUGUUAAUUAUUUUAUCAAAAAUCAAAACCAUUGCAGGUCUGUUUAAUAUAUUGCUUUGAGAGAAACAGUGUAAUUAUUUCAAUUGGAUUAGGCAGCUCCUAUAAUGACAUUUAUAGUAUGCAGUAGUCUCUGCUGAGAUUAAAUCUUCUCUGUAUUUCUCAUGUUUGAUUACAAUCUCUUUUCUCCUAAUCUAGCUGGGAUUGGAGUUGGACCAGGAGGAGGUAAGUGACCCAUUCUACAUUAAGAACAUAUGCAUCAGGAGAACUGGUUCUUGGCACAUGUACUAAAGUGCCCAAGUCUGUGACCAUACACCAACAUAUCUAUAUUUUAAUAUUUUUUAAACUAACUAGCUAAUGACUUUAAAAAUAAAUGAGAGCAUAAAAUCAAAAAAUCUGAAAUCUCAAAUGAUAUAAUAUGACCUUCAUAGCUGUAUGCAUGAUGCAGAAUAACUACUCGCUUUUAUAUCAACCCAAAUGGUAGAAGGUCCUGCGUUAGAAGAAUUCUUUACAAAAAUAUUGAAAUAACAGUAAACUAUAAGCAAUGCACAACUAAUGGAAUAUGUCAUUUCUCAUAUCACAAGAUGGCUCUGUAUCAUUCUCACUAAAUUACUAAGGGAUCUACAAUCCCCCAUAUCAUUGUCCCAUAUUGCAUUACUUUUUAUUGCAAAUACUACUCGAUGUUAUGUUUUAUACUUGUUACUUUUUAUUGCUCAAUAAAAACAAGUUGGGAACAUUUCCGGACACAUUUGGUCACUCUUAGCAUGGCUCAUCUGGAGAGUAAAAAAAACAGAAAUCUUUGUCAUUAGCAAUAUAUGUUCCACUCUCAUGCUAAACCUACAGGAUAUGCAGAACCAUCAGGACAUUAAAAUUUGAUUGCAGGUGUACUCAUAAUCCCUGGAGUGGUGUCUUGAUCAUGAACAUCUGUGUACUCUUGAAAUGAUAAAACAAAUUGAUAUAUCCCAUAUUUACUCGACUAUAAUGCACACCUUAUUUGGAAAAUAAAGUUGCCAAACUUUGAAUGCGCAUUAGAUUCGAUGGUGCAUUACAUGUGGGGGGUGGGGGAGAGGGGUUGAAAAUUUCCGGCGAAAUUGCUUUCCGGCAAAUUCACAGAGACUAAUUAAAACUAGUGAAUUCAAACCAGUGAAUUCAAACAGACAAAUUCACACAGGCGAAUUAAUACUGGUGAAUUCACACAGGUGAAUUUCAUUCUGGCAAAUCUGGUUCCUGAAAGAGGGCUUAAGAAAGAAUAGGCUUAAUAUGUAACACUAAAAUUAAAAUACCAUUAAUGUCACUAUGGUAUAUGGCAAUAAACAUUUUCAUUGUAGCACAUUGUUGUAUAAUAGUAUCUUCUUGUUUAAAUGUGCAUUACAUUCAUCAGCAAAAACAUAUUUCAGCUUCCAGGUUUCAAAAAUUGAGGUGCGCAUUACAUUCGAUGGUGCAUUAGAUUCUAGUAAAUACAUAUAUUCUUUUCAAAUGAAGUCAUUUCCCAUCUGAGCAGAGAUCCUAAUUGCUCGUGAGUAACCACUAUUUCUCUUUGUAUUUUUAGCUGGGGUCGGACCAGGUGGAGUACCAUCAGGUGGUAAGUGGCACAGUCUACUUUCAUAAAGGGGUCGUUCUUUAUGGUCAAAGGACAGAGCUGUUUGAGUGAGAAUGAGAAAAGCUUAGUCCAAUGGGAUUCCACCUACUCUGAAGCAUCUCACAGUGUUUUUAAUAAAGUGAGAAUUAAAGGUGAAUUCAUAUUGAAUUUCCAAUUUAAGGUCAAAAUAGCCAAACUGGAAAAAUAUCUUAGUCAGUUAUACUUUCAGUUUAGUUACUAUGAGCUUAAAUUAUAAAUUCACUUUGAAUUCACCUUGAAUACUCACUUUAGUAAAUAUGCCUACAUUGCAUAUUCAUUUUCACUCCACAUAAGGAGGCUUGAUCUCACACAUCAGGCAUAUUGACUGUCGGCAAGAUCACAGUAUCCCCAGACAUAUGUUUCAUGUUCUUAUAGAUGUUGGCAUUCUAAAUUAAGCAUGAGUCUCUGGCAGAAUCCCGAUUUUUUGUAAGAUAGGUUAGUUGGUUUAUGCACCAACUUACAUACGUCACAGUGCUAUAGGUUAAGUCCUCAGCAUUGUCUACUCAGAGUUCUAUAAUUCCACAUUUGAUGUAAUGAGCAAAGAGCUUUGCGUCACUACUUGCUGAAUGCAGAAAAUGCAUCAUUAAUAUUAUUUUAAACAGAAUAUCAUGAAAAUCUAUAAAUCUAUGCAAUAGGACAGCCUUUUCUGAAAAAUAUAUGAAACUUAAUUCCAUUUUUGAAGACAUUUACGUAAAUAUUGAUUUGCAAUCAGGAAUGAGAAAGAACUGUUAUUUGGGAGGGUAAUCCUCAUUAAAUGAUCCAAGAAAAUGGUUGCCAAAAAAGCAAACAAAUUAUCCAAAAUAACUAUACCAACUGGCCUGUCCUUUAAGCACACAUCAUAUGGUAACAUUUUCUAUGAUAACCAAAAUGGCAGAAAGGCUCAGAAAUAAUCAGUCCUGAAAAUGCUUAACAUAAAAGCUGUUCACAUACAGUUUCAAAUAUUUCAAAACUGUGAAAAAAAAGUGAAAAAUGUUAGGACUGGGUGUUUUUAAAGUAGCUUUCGGCAGUUCAAAACUGUAUAUUUUGUGUGAGUGAUCAUUCCCCUUUGUGUAUUUUGUAUGAAUUUGAGAUACAGUAAGCAGUACCAAUGUUACGUAAUGCAUGUUCCAGGCAGUGUUUCCCAUUUCUCCUUUUUUUCCUGCAAUGGUAAACUGAAAACGUUCUGUCCUAGAUGUUUCACACAACACUCUCUCAGGACACCACUUUUCAAGAUUUGUAGCACAAACAGCUGGUGGCCUUGGCCUGGUGGAUUUUAGCCACGGUCUGUUUCCCAUUCCUUCUGCUCUCGGCCAACUAAUGCUGUAAUGUAUCAAAUUAAUAUGUUUAAUGGAAUGGUAGCGUGCCUGCAGCUUUUGUCCCAUGGCCAUUGCGUAGACGAACAGCGUCAUUGUUUUAGUUGGAUAAUGCAGUAGGUCACAUACUGUAAUAUAUACAUAGGCAUUGUAGCAUGACCUGUUCUGGUAGAUGGCACUUGCAAUAUUUGGUCAUUGGUGUGGUUUAAUAUAUGAUUUCUCAUUCUUUCUCUUAUUUUAGUUGGCGUUGGACCAGGAGGUGUAGGAACUGGAGGUAAUGUACACAAAAUACAAUAAUAAUAAAUACGACAAUAACUUGAUUUCCUUUAUACACGAGAUAUGCCUCAAAUGUUGGUAUCUAAAAUUAUUACGUAAUUAAUCCUUAAGUAUAUACAAAGUUACCAUUUUGUUUUAUAUGUACAUACAGUGCAAUGAAAAUUUUUAUCGUAAAGAAGCAUGAAUGAAAACCAUAUAUUUUAGAGAUAAACUUUAUUUUAAUGUUCAUUUUUUCUUGUUUUUUUUUUUUAAGAGGGUAAAAUCAUGAACAUCUUUAGGACUUCAUCAAAAUAUGAUAAAGUAUCAUAAAGAGUAGUUCAUUAUAAAGCACAGAAUAUAUUUAAUAUUAGACAAUGCGUGGGAGGAGAAAAGAAUAAAAUGUGGAAAAAAGGGGGAAGGAAACAUAAUAAAAAAAAGAGGAAAGUCAUGUUGUCUGGUAGAGCGAUAUGACUCCAGCUACAGAGUCGAUAUAUCUCAAAUCUCAAGGAUUUACGGAUGAAGGCCAUGAUAAACCUGAAUUUACGGUUAGUUAGCUGACAAUAAAUGUCUGUAGAAGAACUUGCAUAUAUAUGUAGCAAGAAUCUAUAUCUACAAAUAGAAACCCAUGAUCUAAUUGUGUCUUUACAGGGGUCGGCGGCUAUGUUAAACCCCCUAAGACAGGAGCAGGUGAGUCCCGUUUGAUGAAAAUAUUAGUAUUAAUAUGUAUAUAAUACGUUUUAGAGUUCGCAACUAAACCAUUUCUUUCUCAUGUACAAUUGAAGAUUAUGCUAGCUUUAGUGUACUAAUAAUCCUAAUUUUAGUAAUGACAGGAGGCGAGUAUUUUGCAUAAUCUCUCUUUGCUAACUCCAUACAGCAGCAAAGAAACAUAUAGAAAAAAUAACCAAUCACAAGAGAGUAGGAUGUACAUAAGGCAUAGUUAAUAGAAAAAAAUAAUAAUAAUAAACUAUGACACCCAAACCCAACUCAUUGGGUUGGGGACAUAGAGGUCAGGGUGGUAGUACCAGGUCCACCAGAGGGCUUGGACCCUAAAAUGCAAUAUGUACAAACAAAAACAAAAGGAGAGUAUACCCCAAAACACGGAGGAGAAACUCUAUACUGGUAUGUUCAAAAAGAAGGGAAGAAAAAUUAUAUUGUCAGCUGAAUAACUUUCUUAGACAUAAGCAUAGUGUGGAAAAUAAACCUAAAACCCACAGCUAGAUUGUACCAAAUAUAUCCAAUAUACAAAUACUUUAUUAAAUCAAAAUAUGGACAAUGUGGUACACAUUGGAGUAAAGCUGGGGAGUCAGAAUAGUUGUAGUGUAUGUAGCAGAUCUAGAUCCCAACCCUGUCUAUUGGUCUCAGAAAACAGCUACAAUAAGAUGGCUGAGAAAAAGCCCUUGUAAUUACUGCUGAGAUUAACUGACAGGAUAAAUCAGUGGGAGAAACUAUAUAUACACAACUAUAAAUACAGGGAACAAGAGGGCCAGGCAAGUAUGUCCUGAAUCUAUACAACCAACAGCAGAUUUGGGGAUACGGCUGAAUAAGUCUAGAACAAAGGGAAAUAAACAAAAAAUAGUGCAAUACAGUAAACACUUAAUAUAUCAUGCGCCACAUGAAAUGCACUCACAGAAUGUUGGCAAACACAGCGCUCAUAGGGUGCCUCCCCCGAAGUAGCUGGGGGGCUAGUAAUCCCACUCUCCACUCCACAGACACCAGUUCUUAAAACAGGACUCCCGGAAGAUGAAGAUAAAAAAAGGAUUGUUUAUUUAUAAAAAGGUGAAACAGUCACCAUAAAUGUUAAUAUAAACGUAGGAAUAAAACAAAACGGUCCAACGCGUUUCGUUCCUGAGCGGAACUUCCUCAGGGACCACAAUAAUACAAUGUGUUUCGUUCCUGAGCAAAACUUCGGAACUAUAUAAUUGCAAUAUUUUUCUUUUUUUCUUUUUUGAUACAUUAUUUAAGAGUUAACUCUAUCAUGAAGAAAACCAAAUGCACCUUUACUUACCUAUAUAUGUCUGUGUGAUUUGCCUGUAGGUGGAGUUGGACAAGGUGGUUUAACAGGAGGACGUAAGUUAUACAAUACAAAUGAAUUGUUUAAUAUGUAGCACUGUUCCAGAUAGUCAAUAAACAAGUUUUACAUUUCCCGUCAUAAGAGCUUAAUUGGAACAUUUCUGCAACUUGAUAUUACUUGAGUUCCAUUUUCUGUCUUGUUUAGCAAUUCACUUGUUCAGGAUGUACGAAAGGUCAAUGAAACCUUAUUAAAAUGGAUUGUGUUGAAAAUUACACAUACACAGCUAUUCACUGCAGUAGCUUAUUCACUAAAAAUCAUAUUGCAGCUAACGGAAAUAGCAAGAAUUAGGUCAAAAUACCUGAUUUGGAAAAAGUCCCCAUCUCAACUGCAGUGAUAGACAGACAGAUAGACAGACAGAGAGAUUGUACAUUCCAUUGGUUGCCACAGAGACCAUACCACUUUUAGACCUUUUCCAUAAAGUUGCUCAUAGAGCCCCUAAAUCUGUCCUGACUAUCUCUGAAACAUUUUUCAAUUUUGUUUUAUAGCUGGUGGCUUUGGUCCAGGUGGAGGUAUGUAUACGCAUAUGUGUGAGUUUAUCAUUACAUUUAUCUACCUACAUCCAAUUGGAUGUUUUUUAUUUUAGUUUAAAAAUGACAGUGACUAUUAUAUAAGUAGAUAGUCUGACACCUGGAGUUUAUAUAUCACAGUCUAUUACUGGGCUUGGCUUUAACCAACAAAAGAUGAGCAUCAUCAAAUUUGCAGUUCAUAUUUCCAUUUUAAGGAAGUGGCAAAUUUAUAAUAACAUGCUCUACAUGAGAACACAGCCACACAGUGUACAGGAACACUAUAGUGCCAGUAUACAAACAUAUAUCUCUAACACUACAGUGCUGGAGCACCUAUUUAGGAGUACGCCCCCCCAUGGAGUAAAAAAGUAUUUUACUUACCUUUUCUCAAUUGCUGCGUUGCUUUCGUCUUGGCUGGCCCCACGUUUAUGGGUGAGAUUAUCAACUGCUGUGCAGUUGAUGCUCUAUUGGGAGCAUUCAGCAUCUCCAUUUAGAGCGUUGAGAUGCUGAACAUAAAGAUUGGAGUACCUAACACAGGAAAUCCCUUUAGUGGUUGUCUGAGUGACAGCUACUAGGGGUGUUCCUAAGCAGCAUUGUAGACAAUGCCUUUUCUCUGAAAGUUUAGCAUUUACAGUGAUGAGUCUGCAGUAAGCUUUAGUGGUUCUAGUGACUAGAGUGUCCCUUUCAAUGGGACAUAUAGUCACCUUAAAUCAUUUCUAAAUGUAAGUAUUUAAGAGAACACAAUGCUUAGAAGUGACAGAGGAGAGCAAAGGAAACAUCCAACUUGUUCUCCUGCUCUCUGUCACAGCUACAGUUGCAUAUGCACUGCAGCUGCUGUGUUUUUCCUUUAAGAAUUAACUCGAGCUUGCUGUCGAAAAAUAGGAAUGGAUAGAACAAUUUGUUUCCACAAAGACCAUACCACUUUUAGAACAUUGCCAUAUAGUUGUUUAUAUAAUAUGUCGCUUAAAAGGAUACUAUUGGCACCAAUAUAACUUUAGCUUCAAGGGUUGCUGGAACCCUGAUACAACAAAAUACAUUAUAAAUGCCAUUUGAGGCAUAACUAUUAAGUCCCACUCUGUAAAAACCUGCAAAAAAGGUUUUAAAUGUUUCAUUAAUCCAGCGUCACGCUCAGCUUUCAUCACGUAUCUUCCGCACCAUGUCACGAUGUCACCUGGCUCUCCUGAGGUCAAAUGGAGAGGAGGAGGGAGGUGGAAUUCUCCCAUUUCUUGAACAGUGGAAAGUGGGAGGGGAUGCCCACAGAGUAAGAGAAAGGGGAAAGCUAUCUUCCCCUUACAGGCGCUUUGACGAUAGACACAAAAUAUGCAUAGAAAUGACAUUAGGCAGCCGAGCGUAUGUCACAUGUGCUGGGGGUACAACUAGUACCUAACACAUAAUUAAAAAUAACUCAGUAUGUGCGGUGUUUCAAGCUAAAACAUUAAACAUGCAGAUUCCUACCACCUUAAGCACUUCAAAUCCCUGAAGAGGUCAUGGUGCUUGUAGUCACCCUUUAAUGAAGCAGUUUUUGUGUAUAGAUCAUACCCCUGCUGUCUCACUGAUUACUUAUCUGUCAUUUAGUAGUUAAAUCACUUUUGUUUCUUUCCAUGCAGCCCUAGCCACACCUCCCCUGGCUGUGAUUCACACAGUCAGCAUGAAAUUCAUUUUCAAUCAGAUGUUAACUUACUUUAGACAUUUUUAUCUCUUGUUAUACUUUUAUAACACACAGAAGGCUCCUGUAUGGUCUAGAAGGAGAUAAGGAAUUCUAAAUUAAACAGAAUGUGCAAUAAAGGCAAUUUAAACAUUAGAUCUUUCUCUACAGGAAGUGUUUGGGAAGGCUGUGUAAGUCACUUGCAGAGAGGUGUGACUAGGGUGGCAACAAAGUGGUUUAACUCCUAGAUGCCAGAGAAUUAAGUAGUGAGACUGCAGGGGCAUGAUCUAUACACCAAUACUGCUUCAUUAAUCUAAAUUUGUUUUGGUGCCUAUAGUAUCCCUAAACAUUUUCUUUCUUUGCAUUAUAGCUUAUGGCUUUCGUCCAGGUGGUGGUAUGUAUAAGCAUAUAUGUGUAUUUAAAAUAAAAUGUAUAGGCCUUUUCAAUUGGAUUUUUUAAUUUUAAAAACUACAGUACCUGUUAUAUAAAUAAAUUGUCUGACAUCAUAUGUCACAGCUAUCCUAUUACUAAGCUUGGAUUUAACAAACAAGAAAGAGCAUCAUUAGAUUUUCAAUAUUUUGUUAUUUUUUAUAACUUGAUAAAAAAAAAAGAAUUAUACAUAUAUAAUAAUUUAUAACAUUUUUUAAAACUUAUCCAAAAACAUUAAAAGUAAGGCCUUAAAUGGGACAUUUUGUCGUCACUUUAAAUCAUUUGUAAAUGAAAGUAUCUAAGAGAAAACAAAUUGUAAAAAAAGUGACAGAGCUACUUGCUGCUCUCCAGUUCUGCAUCAAAGUAACUAUAGCAGACGCACUGCAGUUCCUGUGAUAUUCCUUUAAAAAGCAAGACUUGAGCUUGCUGGAGAAAGAUAGUUAUGAUAGACAGCUGUCAUUACGUUUUGACUCCGAUCUGCUGGUUAUUGAGCCAUUGUACCAGCAACAAGCAGCACCAAGCCUGUUAGGUAGGGGAGGUAUCAUCCCUAGAUAUCCAAAAAUCAUGGCACUGGCCUAAACAGCUCUUGAAGCAAUAAGACAUAUAUUUUACCAGUAUUAUAAUUUAUAUCUCGGAGCUGUUAUCUGAUAAGGUGAAUAUAUACAUCUACUGAUGUAUAAACCAGGAGAUAAACAAUAGAACGGAGAUCUCAUAUUCAUCAAGUAAAAGUCACAAAAACAGUUCCAGGGACUCAGAUAUAUUGCCAAGCGGUUCUAAAACAGUCUGACAAAUUACACUAGUAUAGCACCUGGGGGCUCAUGGCACCAUAACCACUACAUCAGGCUGUUAUAUUUUUAAUGAUUGCUGUGUUCCUUUAAAUGUAACUUUUCUUACAGAUUCUGAAUAUAACACUAUGUAAAAAUAGCAAUUUUGUAAUAAAAAUGGAGCAGUUCGCAUUAACAUUUCACUGGUUUCUGUAGAGACUGCUCUAUUUUCAAACCUUUUACACAAAUAUAUUUUAAUGUUUAACCAAAAAGUCUGACUGUUCCUCUUUGUUUUAAACAGUUGGCGGUACUGGUGUAGCAGGCGGAGGUAUGUAUCUUAAAUAUACCCGUUAUAUUGUACAUUUUAAAUUAUGAGACAUUUUGGAACAUGUUUAUUUAAACAGUUUGUUAUGCAGUCUUUUAAAUGAAAGACAUUUCAAUAAUGUGAGAUAAGUAUUUUGUCCUCAGAUAUAUUUUUCUUUAAUUAAAGUCAGUGUUAUUCCCAAUACUUGUGAUAUAAUUCACCCAUUUACUAACCCACUGGCAGAGUUAGAUUAAAGGGACAUUAUAGUCACCAGAACAACUACAGCUUAUUGCAUUUGUUCUGGUGAGUAGAAUCAUACCCUUCAGGCUUUUUGCUGUAACAAUGUCUUUUCAGAGAAAAUGCAGUGUUUACAUUACAGCCUAGUCAUAACUUCACUGGCCACUCCUCAGAUGGCUGUUAGAGAUCCUUCCUGGGUCAUGGCUGCCUAAAAUGCAUCCAAACCAAACAUUCAGUGUCUCCUCCCUCUGCAUGCAGACACUGAACUUUCUUCAUACAGAUUAAUCGUUUGUGUUCCUGACCCUAAAGUGUUCCUUUAACGUUCCAUUCAGAAGGUUGAGUUUGGUUUUAUUAUUUUACAUUAGUACAUUUCAUGGCUGUGUGGUUAUUCGCCAUUAUAAAAAUAACUGUGAUAUAAUUACCACUGUUAAUUAUUAACACUGAUAUUAACAUAUCCAACAAUGUGAAGAGCUCAUUUUCAACCCUCACGGAACCACACUGAAAACUUACAGGGAGCCUGUGAAGUCCAUACAACUAAACUCACUGAAGUUUUUCUAACUGAUUGGAACACUGACAGCCUGUAGGGUCAGUACUUGGUUAGAUUAGUGUAGGCAAUAAAUAUAGGAUUUAUAUAAAUUUAAAGGAUUCCAGAACAGUCACAUUUUUCCUUGAAAGGAGAACCUUGUUCCCUAAUGAUCCAACAACUGGGAGGUAUGCUCACUACUGUGAUUGCAAACACCUACCUUACUGAUCACUGCACUGUUUCACAAGUUCCAGAACAUACUGCAAUGAUACCAGCUACAGCUAUACAUAUAUUUAUCAUAUCUACCAUGUUUUCAGGAACACAUAUCACAUGGAUGGGCAGCACAUGAAAAAGGUUGCCCUGCAGUACGUAGAAUUCAGAAAAGGUGCAUAAGAGUAAUGAGGCAAUGAAGAAUCCUGCAGAAUAUGCAUUAUAUAUACCAGGCAUAGGCAACCUUUGGCACUCCAGAUGUUUUGGACUACACCACGCAUGAUUCUUUGCCAGCAUUAUUGGUUUUAAGAGCAUUAUGGGGGAUGUAGUCCACUGAUAUAUACUAUACUUUUCAUUUUCAUAAAUAUGACACAAUUAUUUGUGUCCCUAAAAACAUGGUGUAUAUGGUAGCUUUGCAGACUUAUGAGAGAUCACUUUGGGUCAAUAUAGUAGGGGGACAAAUUCCUCUCAAGAAGUGUUUUUUGUUAGGGUAAGAGGAAAUAGAUCCUUACCAGUGAGGAACUGGGGGAUACAUCAUAACGGAGGAAGCUCAUGAGAGAGAAGGAACAUUCUAAAUGUGUUACCAUAAUAGAUGAAGUGGGACACGUGAGAUGAGCAGUGUUUAAAUAACCAUAGGAUAAAUAUGGAUGGACAGUUUGAUUAACUAGAAUAGGGGGGGGAAAGCAAACACCAUUAUAUUGUUUUAUAAAUCCUGAUUUAUCCUCUAAAAGUAUAAAAUACCUACAUGGUACAUUUAAACAUAAAUAUACUGCACUUAUAUCCUCCCCCCCAGUGGCAGUGCCUGUGUAUAAAUAGUUUGAUGGGGGCUGUCAGAAUUAGGAUUUCUUAGCAAAAGGUUAUAACCACCCCAUCCCUUUAUUUUCUGGUUCCUACAUCCAUGGCAUCCUGUUUGAUUCUAUAUAAUGUAACAUAUCCAAUAAUAUUAUACCCAUUAAAGUUCCAAUACAGUUUAAUAUACCCAGCACACAUCUAGUAACAUUGUAAUACAGUGCCCAUCAAGUAGAGACAUCAAGGUUUUUGGUACUGAGCAACCAGCGGAUUCUAAUACAUAACUUGUUAUUUUGCUAACAUUCCGUCACCCAGCCCAUUAUUCUGCAACUGACAAUGUUUUGCUAUUGCAGGAUUGUACCCAGGGAAACCACCCAAGCCAGGUAAGCUGUGAUGUAAUGUAAUGUGCAUAGUGUGAACGUAUGUCUAUUCUCCAAUAUGAACGCUCCAGUUGUAGCAGAAACGAAUGAUGACACUAUUGAGUACGUUUUAGAAUUAAUUUAUUGAGUUGUUUAAUUAAACAAGAAGGAUUGUCCAUAAACAAAAUACAUUGAUAUUACUAUAAAAAACAAUGCAGCAUCUUGUCUUACCAAUGUGUGCAACAAUGGAAACAGUUGCUAUGUAUUUCUUUUAUUUAAAGCAGUAGUUCCUUUAGAUUAAUAUUUCUUUAGAUUAAUAUUUCAAUAUUUUUCCAAGGCGCCCCAACUCAAAACAAUUUUCUAGGUUGUAUAUACGUACAGCACUGCCGCAUAUACUGGGCCCCUGUUCGGCAGAAAUGCUUGCCAUUCAGGUGCAGAUCCAGAACCUAAUCUUGGGAGGGGCACUAGUAGAUUAUUUAAAGAAACAAUGCAGGCACAAUAACCACUACUGCACUUGUAGUGGUUAUGGUGCCAGUAGUGCCAUAGUGCCUCCCAGGGUAAGUAGUCAAACAGUUUAAGAACAGUUUGACAACUUACCUGGGAUCUGUCAGGAUAGGGGCUGUGGUAGGGCAUAGGGGAAGUGUGUGUGAGGGGUGCUGUGUGUGUGAGGGGUGCAGUGUGUGUGUGACGGGUGCAAUGUGCGAGUGUGAGGGUUGCAGUGUGUGCGUGUGUGAGGGUUGCAGUGUGUGUACGGGGGUGCAUUGUGUUUGUGAAGGAUGUAAUUGUGUGUGUGUGUGUGUGUGGUGCAGUGUGUGAAGGAUGUAGUGGGGUGCAGUGUGUGUGUGGGGGGGUGCAGUGCGUGCGUGUGUGUAUGAGGGGUGCAGUGUGCGUGUGUGAGGGGUGCAGCUACUUUCAAAGUUGGAGUCUGCUAGUCUCAAGAUAUUUGUUGCCCUCUAUACCCUGAGAAUAUAUAUAUAUAUAUAUAUAUAUAUAUAUAUAUGUUAAAAAAAACCUUUAUUUUUAGAAUUAUUUUAUGUUCAUUUUUGUUUUGUAUAGAUAGAUAGUAUGUGUAUAGAUAGAUAGAAUAACAGGGUUUAAAAUUUAAAGUCUUAUGCUACUAGCCAGGCCAGGCUUACUCGCCACUGCAAGUCAUAGUAUUUUUACCAGCUGUAAAUUUCUAUUUGCCAGACUAAAUUUCCACUCUCCAUUAGCUAUUGGCUAAUGCCAAUUUUAAACCCUGCAUACAAGACCAUAUAUAUCCAGGUGGGAUGCCAGGCUGUUAUGUAAUAAUAAAAGAAUUGCACAGCUCUUUACAUUAUUAACCACGUGAAAGCUGUAUUUUCAGGUUAUGGAGCUGGUGCAGGUCUCGGAGCUGGUGCAGGUUAUGGAACUGGUGCAGGUCUCGGAGCUGGAGCCGGUGCAGGAGUACCUGGUGGUGGUGCAGGAACUGGAGCUGGGUAUUAUCCGGGAGCUGGACUGGGAACAGGCGGUCAAGGAGCUGGAGGUAAGAUUUAGAUACUUAAGGGUAAAUAUUUCUGAACAUUGAUUUGUUAAAACUAUCAUUAGGAGCUCCAUAAUUAUCCAUAAUUAUUGUUUUAGCAAAGUUGCAAGUGUUUUAUGAAAAACCAGAUGCACCUAUGAAGCUUUUUCUACCACCAAGCCCUUUAAUAGGGUUAAGGUGGGAUGUCUUGUCGACCACAAUGGCAGUCUGCAGCACCCGGGAUGUGGUGUCAAUGUCACCAAAAUGUAUAAGUCUGGGCAGCUGUGUUUUUAAGUUAUACUUUGCCUCCCAGGACAUCCAUAACAAAAGACAGUCAAAUAUUGUCUUACAGCAAAUUUCAUCCUUCUUGACACUCAUUUAUAUGACAUCCAAACAUUAGAGCCAUGACAAUAGUUCAUGUGACUGUUUGAUGAUCUGUUUGAUGUCCAAUGAAAUUCUGUGUUCCUUCUUCUUAAUAUCAGGUCAGUACCCAGGAGCAGGAGGAAAGCCACCAAAACCAGGUAAACAUGUACAGCGGUGAACAAACACGAAAAGGCUUUGUACAAAUGACAAGAUGUCACCCAUUUAGACUAGAAGAAAGUAGAUUUUACCUACAGUAAAGAAAAAAGUUAUUUACAGCUUUACAGUAAGACUCAUAAAGAUGUGAAAUUCUCUAUCCAACAAGGUUGCUUUAUCAGAUUCUGCACCGAUUUGUAAACAAUAUAUAUAUAUUUUUUUUAUAAAAACAGGCUUUUCUAUGAUAUAAUAGUUAACAUGUGGCUAAAAGCUUGUUGAUCCAGAGUCUAGAAGUUUUUAUUCCUGUUUUGUGGCAGAAUUUUGAAUUGCUUUAAACUGGGAGAAGGAUUGGAGGAUCAAACGAACACACACAGCAACGUAGGAUUAAACAAUGUCCUGAUUCCAGGCAUACUCAUCUUUGUCCCCUAAUCUAAAAAAGAAAAGAGAGAAUACAGAAAGCUAAACAUAAUACUGUAAGAAGAGACAGACUACUAUUAGAAAGUACAGUUUAGAAGUGUAGGAAACAUUACUAUAUCAUGGGCAGUUGACUCUAAAUAGAUCAUUUUGAAUAUUUGGAUUUUUGACAAAUCCUGUUUUGACAUCUAAUUUUGGUUCUUUUUCAGCAGGCUAUGGAACUGGAGCCGGUGGAUACGGACCAGGGGCCGGAGGAUACGGGCCGGGGGCCGGUGGAUACGGAACGGGGGUCGGUGGAUACGGAACUGGGGUCGGUGGAUAUGGAACUGGGCCUGGUGGAUACGGAACUGGGACAGGUGGAUAUGGACCUGGUGCUGGAUAUGUACCUGGUGCUGGCAUUGGAACAGGAGUAAGACCAGGAGCUGGAGGUGAGAUUGAAGAAUAAUUGCUCACCUGGGGUAUAUACUAGCUUUAGAAAAAAAUAUAUAUUAUUGUGUAUUAGUAUCAAUCCAUUAUUUGGCUUUCAAUAUACAAAGGCUUACCCAUAAAUGUGUUUUAAUUUUCUUGGUGCUAGGGUGCUUCUUCCGAUAUACAAAUGUCUUUAGCACAUGCAUGGUACUUCCAUUUUUUUCCCCGGAAUUAACGUUUUGAAUUGAAAGUACAGCAGUUAAUCUCAAUUAACAAUAAUGUUUGACAAAAUGACUUAAAAGAUGCAACAGACUAAAUCAUUUCUAACCUAUAGCUGCACAAUUUCUAGAAUGCCAUUCAAACCAGAUUUAUUAAGAUUUUCUAAGUUAAGAAAUAGUCACAUUUCAAUUGUAGUAUACUCUAUAUCUUACCACCUAAUGGGCAAGCCAUAUUGCUGCUUUUCCUUCCUGGUGACUUGCGGAUCCAAGCAGGCAAUUAGCAUUGCUCUAUUUUAUUUAUAUCUGCUUUAUCAGUGUCCACCCCCAAGUAUAUAGUCAUUAAAUCCACGUUAUCUUUAAGAGUAAUGUUUAAAUUGAGUGUAGGCUUGUUGUAUUUGUGACAAACAGGAUCUAAGUGUAUAGGCUAAGCCCAGUGUAGGCAACCUUCAGGACUUCGGAUAUUGUGGACUACAUCUACCAUGACGCUUUGCCAGCAUUAUGCCAGUAAGAACAUUAUGGGAGAUGUAGUCCACAACAUCUGGAGUGCAAAAGGUUUCUUACCCCUUGGCUAAGCCAUUUUUAAUAAAUACCCUGAAUUAAAAUACCUAGUUAUAUAGUCUAUGAAGUAAAUAUGUUUAUUUAUGAGAACCCUAUAAAACUAGUAAAUGGUGGUACUUUUGAACUGCCUGAACAUUCUCUAAUUAGUCGUUUGGAGGGAUCCUUAAGUGAUAUAUGUCAAUGCAUACAUCUUUGAAAAUUGAUUAAAAAAAAAAAAUUACAAAAAAACAAACAAACAAAAAAAAAAAAUAUAUAUAUAUAUAUAAAGAUUUUAAAAUAUUUGACACUUUCUUGAUGCUUUACUCAUUUGUUUAAUCAUUAAAAUGUAAAAAUAUGUAAAUCGGUAAUACUUUUUAAAUAUUUCCUUCAUUUCCAGGCGUGUACCCCGGAGCUGGAGGCAAACCACCAAAACCAGGUAAAUACCGAGAGAAAUGCUCCGGAUUAGAAACAAAGGACUGAGUGAGGCCUAACAAUAUGAACAUUAUAAAUGCUUAAUUUCGUGAUCUAACUUAAUUUGUAGGCUAUGGAGCUGGAGCAGGGUUGGGUACUGGAGCUGGUGGUUUACAAGGAGGCGGCUUGGGAACUGGAGGUGGCUACGGUCCUGGAGGUGGAUAUGGACCUGGAGGAAUUGGAGCUGGGGGUAAGAGUUGUGCAAUAAUGAAAAUCCAUGAACAAUCACAUACAGUGCCAAGUGUCUGAAAGAGUCUCAGGUUUGCUCAGGACUUGUGACCAAUACAGUUUACAAACUUUGUAUUUGGCUGUGCUGUUCUGUGAGGCACGUUUCUGUAGGAUUAUGUAGUUGAUGCAUUUGUCAGCAGAUGAGAUAAUGGCACUUUCACUUUGUCUUUUCAGCAGGCACCUACCCGGGAGCAGGCGGAAAACCCCCUAAACCAGGUAUGAUAGAUUAGGCUGUGUGCUUCCAUUCUUAAAGCACUUACUUUAAAUGGAACAUUGUAAGCACUACAACAACUUCAUCUAACUAAAGAUGUCUUAGUGCCUUAAUUAUUUCCCAGCUUGUCCUCAUAAACCAUCUCUGUCAAUAGUUUGAAGACUGAAAGUGCGGCUUUAAGUCAUGUCUCCAGGCCCUCUAAAUCGGAAAGCCAGGACUGUUACUUUCCGCUUCUCAUAUCAAAGCAUACUGUGAUGUACAUACUGGUUCAUAUCACAAGAGCUUCUAACCUUACUGCCACAAGUCCUUUAUACUUUCUAUUCUGCAUGUGUCCUGGUCCUGGACACUCCAAGAUCAUGAAGAUCUUUUCAUGUAAUGACCUGAUCAAGAUUAUGAUAAAGCAGCACUGCAUAAAUAUUUUCUGUAGAAAAACUUGGUGUGUUCUCAAAAUAAUGCAUAUUAAUAAUGUGCCGGACACUGUAGGUAAGAUUAAAGGAAACACGCAAGUUCUACAAGGAUACGUGGAGGAUUUAAUGGAACUGGUGUCUGUAGAUGGGGAUUUUUGACAAUGUGUAACCCCCCCCCCCCCAACAAUGAGUAGCCACAAGUAGCACAAUGUCUAAGAGCAAUGUGCUUAUAUACUUUGACCACUGGAAUGGGGUUGCUGACUUGUAAGUGUUUUUGUAUCGGCAGGUUACGGAGGAGGAGUAGGUGGUGUAGGCGGAGGAGGUGGUUUUGGGCCUGGAGCUUCAUUAGGAACAGGAGGAGUAGGAGGAGGUGAGAUAAGUCUGAAUUUGGAGUAAAAUACACAAUUGUUUUUAUGGAUCCUCUUUCUGUCUUUUUCUGUUUCCUUUACACACUUCCCCCAACUCACCGUAUAGUGUUUAGAAUGAAUCAUUCAUGACUAACAGUUCUACUUUCAUAUGCUUACAAUUCUCCAAAUUAUUCAAUGAAACAUGUUCUUGUUUACUGUCUCAAUUACCCCUCUCAUUAAACUUGUUUUAUUGCUCAACUACACAAUAAACAUAUUGAAUUAUACUUUACAAUGGCUGCAAAAUGGCUAAGAAACUUCUCAUGCUGUGUUCAGUAAACUUUAGUAAACCAUUUAGUAAAUCUCAAAAGUAUCUGCUAGCAAAAAUAUUUUCAACUAUUCUUUUCUUUGUUAGAAGAGAUAUUGCAGCGUCACAUCAGUGAAGGAGUUAAAUCUCAUUAGUAAAACGGCAGCCACAAUUUCCUCUAGAAAUAGUUUCUGUAUUGUGUAGAUUCUCUGACUUAGACAAUGUGGCCUGGGGGUUCCAUCCACACUUCGCAAUAAAAAUAGGAAACGUACGUUCCUUACAUGAAAGGGAAAGGAAGAGCUGCAUAUUUUUGUUAAAUGUCAGCCAGCUACUAAUACAGUUACUUAGAAUGCUGCCUUACACAAUGUACCCCAAAAGAAGGCUUAAACCCAGUUCAGCCAUCUAUAUCUUGGAGAGUGAUGGGUAAAAAAUUUACAGGAAGAUGUCUUCCUGUAGUCCAUGCUCUUAUAGCAGACAUUUUCACACAAUUUUAUUUUUUAGGUUUAAAAUGUUGCCCUAUUACCAAGAAUCAGGCAAUAAUUUUCAGUUGUUUAACAUUGGAAAUAAAAACUAUAAACAGUUGCCAAAUGUGUUAUUUGAAAUGGACAAUAAGGUCUCACUGGGUGGAAAUUGAACGUUUCACACUAGUCCUGAAGCUAUUUAUGUUUAGUUAUCUUAGUUUCAAAAUUGUGCAAUUUGGCAUCUACAAGGCUGAAAAAAAAAUUCCAUCACACAUUCCCAAUUACCCUGAGAAAAUAACUGGUGAAGAACUGAAUAAUGAUAAAUUAUUAAAUUGCAUCAUAACAACAUUUUCACACAGUAUGAAAGUAACUCAAGGUUAGAUUUACUGUGGGGCAGCAAAAUUCACAUAGACAAAUAUGACUGCCUUAGCUGUGUAUCCCAUUAUAUACAUUUUACUUACCUUUUUAAUUUUAAGUAAAUAAAAUUCGAUAUAUAGAAAUGCAUCAUGGUAAAGAAGCCUUGUCUGUAUUUAACUAGAAAGCUAGUUUGUUGAAAUCACACUCUUAUCAUAUCUUAAAAGGGCAGUUGGUAAAUGUGUCAGCAAUCACUUGCAUACUGCAUUGUGAACACUAGAUGGAGCCUCUUAUCUUUUUGUAUUUUGUAUAUUUUUAUUUCAGCUGGAGUUGGUCAAGGAUACCCCUUAGGAGGUAAGGAUUUUGAUUUAAUAAUAUUAAUAUUUAUGGAGUGCUGGUGUAUUUUGCCGAGCUGUACAAUGAGUAUAAAAAACAUACAAGCAAAUACGACAAAACAAGUUUGUCACACAGAAACAACAGGUGAUGAGGCCCUACUUAAACAAGCUUACAUUGUAAAGGAAGUAAGCUAUAAUUACUCAAAAGGUGAUAGUGUAGUACUUAUGCGAAGACUAACAGUUAUGGGUCAAGAAAAGGUUUUUAAUUAAUGUAUAACAUCUACAGGAGAAGGCAGAGAUGGGAUAAAGGGGAAAUAUAAGCAUCAUAUCCGCUGCGGCUUAUUUUAACUGUUUUGCUAGUGGAAGGAUGUCUAUGAAAACUCAUCUUAAAAAUUUUAAAUUUUUUUUGUGGGGUUUUUUUUUUUUUCUUCUUCGAAUGCCUCAAAACAGACUCCACCCUCUUGCCAGUGAUGUUUCACUUCCUCAUUAAAUCGUCCAAAUACUUGUACAGUGUGAGCACAUAUUGAAUGUUCAAAUCAUGCAAGUGUUCCUCCAACAUGUGCAGGUAUUGGAAGCAUAACUGAUUGUGUAUGUGCGCUCUCAAAGUACAUCUCCUGCAAGUGAAGAAGACUGACAUAGGCAGUGUGAGCAGGCAGUAUGUGUUCACAACUUAUGAGAGAUCAAUGGAGAUAUUGUUCUUCUCGAUUUGUAACCAGUGGGAAUGAGGGAGGAGUUAUAUUAAAAAUAACCAAAUAACCAAGGAUUUAUGAAGUUAUAUCUUCUAACCUCCCUUUCAAUAAGUUGCAGUGGAUAUGGAGCCUUUUUUUUCAAUUUGACAAUUGUGGAUAUGGAGCCUUAAUGAAGCGAAGGAAUGUUAUAUGGAAAUAAAUGAACUAGCUAGUUAAUAUCCCUUCCUUACAGGGCAGAAAUGUUAUAAGGUAAAAGAGCAGCAUAUUAAAGACAAAUUGAAGAUUUCUAUCCUUCUAGCCUGCAGAUUUCAUAGUAGUUUAAAUAUAUUAUUUGUAUUAACUAUAUUUAACUUCACAUGACAUAUGAUGGCUAAUUUUGUUCCAAACCAAGCACCAUAUGGAUGGAACAACAUUAGUGAAGGAAAUGGGGAGGAAAGAAAUGUACUUGUUAGUUAUUAUGUACUUCAGUGAUGACUUGGAUAAAAAAAAAAGUAUUUAAGUUAUAGUGUAUAAUACAUUUUUAUGUUUUUUGUUUUAGCCCAAAAACCAGCCAAAUCUUACUACAGAGGUGACUAUAUUUUUAUUGUCCUUUUUAUUAUUGGUAUUUAUAUUAACAUUCUCUUUGUGCUAGAUUUAUCAUUUGUGAUUUCUUCUUAUAGUAUGCAAAAAGACAGAACAGGGGUUAUAUCUUAGAAGCAAUUCUGGUGCUAAAAUGUCAUUAUGGAAACUAGUGGAAUGUUCCACCGGAAUUUCUUUAUAUAAAUAGCUCCCAGUGUUAGCCAUCGGCCUAUAAAUAAACAGAUAUUUUCCUGCAGAUGUGUUCCUAAAAUAAAUAUUUCUUGUAUAUUAUAAAUUAUAUUUUAAUGAUAUAGACGGAACACAUAUUUAAAAAUAAAUAACAUAAAAAUAAAAACAUUUACUCUUCAAAAAUCUGUUUUCUGAUUAUAUAGAUAUUUUUAAACUACCUUUAAUAGUACCUUCAGGUAAGCUGUCCCUAAAAGAGGGAAAAGGAGGUAAAAAACUGAUAAAGUUAGGCUAUUUAGACAAAAUAGCAAAAUUUAGGUUAAAAGUCACAAUGGUUUUCAAGCAAACUAAAGCUCCAUCAAGUGGACUACAUUUAGUAUUUAGAAAAUGUCCACCAAUAAAUAUAAAGCAGUGAAAAUGUCAUAAUUCAAAAUACUUAUAAUACCUGAGGCUGUCUUGGUGUGAUGGGUUUUUAGUCCAGUCUCAAAAGUAAAUGAACUGAUUCUCAGAUGUCUACGGUAAAUCCUUACAGUACCCACUGAUUAUGUGAUACACAAACCUAACAUUUGUUCAUGAGUGGACUCCGUACUUACAUAUUUUUAACUCGCUCAUUAGGUUUGUUUCUACAACAUGACAAUAGAAUCGUAGAACUAGAAUACUCUACCUGUGCUCUGUUGUUUCAAAUAUUAGCAGAGUUUUAUUGAAUAUAUGUCAAACCUUCAUAAUUAUAUCAUAGUAUUAGCCCUUAACUCUAUUCACAAUAUACAUUUUAAUGUCUCUGUAGGUGGUGGACUCUGUGGUCAAGGGAAGUAUUGUGGCCGACGGAGAAAAUAACCAACCAAAGAGCUACGAGUAACCUCAUCAACUAUGGUGCUACUGCAUGGUGUGAAUGUAAAAGGAUCCAAUUAUCCCUCCCCUCUCCUGUCAAUCCGUCCCUAGAGUCCUCCACCAUCUUCCUUUCUCCUGUUCUUGUGAUAUCCAUCUUUAACAAGGAGCCAGGCAGCUACAUAUUAUAGAGGAGCCUGCAAUCUGACACUCGCAAACAUUUGUGCACACAUAUACAGUGUAUACUUUAAUACGCUUUAUGGAAAAAUGUAAUGUGUGCGUGUUUGUUUGAGUGCGUAUAUAUCUGUAUAGGCCAAUGAGAGCAUAUAAUGAGAUGUACAUUGUCUAUAUUUACAGAUGCACAGUGACAAGAAAGUUGUGCAUACUCGUAUACAAUACAUAGAUAUACAUACACUCAGACAUUCACAGGUAUGGGCAUACAGGCACUGUAUAUAUGCACUCAAGAAGUGGUUGGCAUGGGACACGUGUCCCCCCCCCAGGCUGGUGAAGUGUUAAGGAUUUGGGCCACCAUAGAAGACCACUUUUCCACGAACAAGGCUGGCGUAGUAAAGCCAACAUUUGCUAAAGGACACCUUGACAAGCAGGAUGGUGAUAGACAAUUCUGCUUAUGAAGAUGUUCUCUAUUGCACUCGUCCCUUCAUUUUAACUUGUCUUGGUUCAGUAGACUUGUAGGUUUUCCGGAUCAGUUGAUAACUGCAUUGUAAAUGCGAAUGCUACUUGUAGCCUGAUAUUUGGGCCAGUAGAAAUGGUUUGCCUUCUUCAGUCCGACCCUGUUAUAUCCUGCUAUACAUAAACAGUGCCGAAAGUUGCACUCCUUCAUGACUUGAGAUUCCCAGAAGCAUGUGUAAGCUCUGGGCGUGCUUCCUUUCUAAUCCUCCCCCUCUCACCAUCACACUGCCAUAAUAAGUUGUUGUAAGUUAUAUUUGGAAUUCAAUCCAUGCUGAUGCCAUCGGCCUGCGACUGUAAGGGAACUUUAUUAUUUUUAUAUUGUAUUAUAAAACGUGUGUGACUUCUCUCACUUUGAGGGGGGAGGGUAAGAGAUAAAUCUGCAAAAAAAAUAUAUUCCUUUUACAUUUGCUACUUACUUUGAAAAGAUGUUCUUAUUCUAAACCUUUUUUUUUUGUUUCGUUUUGUUUCAUUUUCAUUUUUUUUGCUUGCCACAAAAUGCAGAAAAUUGGCGUUUAUUUUUAGAAAUGUACUCUUUUUCUGCCGGAGGAGAAGGCUUUUAACUAAUUACUGCUAGAACGACUCACAAUUCUUCAUAAGGCUCUUUAAGGGUAAACGAAGACGCAAAAUGCUGUAGUGAGUCAAAAGGGGGUGAUUCUUUUUUAGGGUAGGGUUUUUUUUAAUGGUGAUUAUUCUGUUGCCAGUGAUAUUUUUAACAUUUUAUAAACCUUCUGGCAUUGAAGAAGUUAAAAAUAAAAACUGUGAGAUUUAAGAAUAGUCUCUCCCCAUUUCUCUGAGGCCCUCCCAUCACCCUCUUAAAUCUGCAUUUCAUCUUUCAUUCUGCUGUGUCUAGAAGCGUGAGGGGCGUGCGUGAUGUGUGGAUGUCUUAAUUUACUGACCACCCCCUCCCCUCAGUGUACAUCCUCUCUUACCGCCUCCAUUGAAAAAAAUGUAUAAAAAAAACUUUUUUUGUAAAAAUAAUACUGAAAAAAGUUAUUAAAAGUAAUUUUGCUUAAAUAAAAUGAAUAAAUAAAUCUUUUUAAAUGAC